AAAAAACUGUAACAACAGUUCCUCAACCACACGUACAAAUACAUACACACACAGACACUUAUAUACACAUACAGACGCCUCAUUCUCAUCUUGUUGCUGCCUCACUGCUCUCACUAUACAAUGCACCCACAUUUAUUACAUAUAUCUGUUUAGUCUAGCACCGUUUACAGAUACAGCCUUUGCUGCUUUUAAACAAACAUAGAUAUCUAUUAUCCAAACAGAUCCAUAACCACAUAGACACACAAACACAUACACACACAGAUCAUUUACACCUAAACUAGACGUUCCAUUAGUGGAGCUUUCUCACUGCACUCUUAUCACAACAGUGGUAUUUAGAUACAGAGGUAAACAGAUACCCAGAGGCACAAUGUCAGGAAGCAAAUCCCCAUUUAAAAAGAGAGCAAGUCUACAGGCUCCCAGCUCAGCAGGUGAGUGAAAGGAGGGGCUGCUGUUGUAAAGGGCUGGGGUUUGGGGGCUGGGGUGAGGAAAACAUACAAGGGAGGUGGGGGGCGAUAAUAAAAUGUAUUAGGGAUGUUUAAAUAUAUACAAAUGCCAGUCCCCUGUACACUAGCAAGGCUUAAAGAUAUCUUCUUGCCUGCUGUAGCACUUUGCACACUGUAACUAUGACCUAUGUUAGCACAAAGCAGCCUCUGUUCCUGUUAACCCUUUAUUCAGUUUGAAACGUCUGAAAUGGCAUCAUGUAAUUAUUUAACAAACAGAGGUCCAUAGACUAAACUAUUCAGGUUUUAUUUUCUUUCUCAGCUAUUUUUGUCUAAAAUGUGGAUUCCACUGAUUAGUUUCUCCCCCUGGUGUAAUGAAUAAACCCCUACGGUGGUUUUUGUGGGUUUUUGUUUUUUUUUGCCUCAGCUGCUCCAGCUUUGACAUAUAAAAUUGUUAAAUUAAGCAGGCACAGCCAUUAGGAAAAUGGAAAGAGUUAUGGAGGAACUCUGCUGUGUUAAUAUCCAAAUGACAAUAAAGAGUGGAAAAUGGAAAGAGUUAUGGAGAGCAAUGCUGUGUUAAUAUCCAAAUGACAAUAAAGACAUCUCAAUGAUUUAUGCAUAGGACAAGAGCAUGCACUAUCAGAAUUGGCAACGAAGGGAGCACCGAUGGUGAGGGUGGGAAGAAGGCAUCUUGGAAUGCUUGGCGUAAUUCUAACAUAAACAUUCUGUUUCAGUUCGGGAGAAGCAAUUUUUCCGUUGCCAUGGAUUUUGAUAAAGAAGGGCCAAGUGAAAUAACAGAAUUCAUUACAGGGGAGAUAGAAUAAAAUAAACGGGCAAGAAUGACUGGCAGAAACACGUAUUUUUGUGACAUAGAAGGUCAACAAGGUCAAACAAUAGAAAAGAACAUAAAGAAAUGACAAUUCAAGGAGAGGAUGCAAUACAAAUAAUUAAAAAUGGCUUAUUAAGCAGUGUGUGUCUCAAUCACAAAUAAUAUAUGGAUUAGAUUAGAUGUUGCUGAUGUUUAUAAAAGUGAUGCAACUAUAGUUGCUGUAAUGCAGCUGCAUCCUCAAUUCAGAUCCCAUGGAUGUCUACCUCGUCAUUCCAUUAUCUGACAGUCUAAUGCAGGGGUCCUCAAACACCGGCCCCGUAGAUGUUGCUGAAGUACAACUCCCAUGAUUCUCUGGCUAUCUGUGUAAUUCAAAGAAUCAUGGGCGUUGUAGUUCAGCAACAUCUGGGGGGCCGGAGUUUGACGACCCAUGGUCUAAUGGGUAAAGGCAGAGAGAUUCAUGUCACUAAAGGCAAAAAUGUCAUAAUUAUCUCUUCCCACUCCAGCCUAUACAAAUACCCUAAUCUGCACUCUUUUACACAUUCAGUGAAAAGACUCAGUUUAUGGAAAUUCCAUUACUUUAAUAGUUUCUAAUCCAGUAUUCCUACAGUUUAUUAUACUACUUUACUGACACGAGACCCUUUGCUUUGAAUUAUGUGACCACCAAUGUAGUUUUUUUUUUCCAUAUUUCUUUUUUAUUGGUUUUAGCUGUACUCCAGUGCAUAGUCCCGUGAUAUAAUAAUAAAAUAACAGUAAUGGUAAUAAUACAGUGAUAGAAUAAUACAGUAGUAAAAUAAUACAAUAAUGAUUUUACAAUGAUAAUAUCAAUAUUAAUACAAUGCUAACAUUAAUAUUAAUACAACACACAAUCGCUGACAUAGCAGCUCAUCGAUCAAAUAUGGCCUCAUCGGCUUAUCAUUCACAAGUACACAUAACAUGAUAAUACGUGUAGUAUCGUUAACAUUAACAGCAACGUAUGAACAUCACCGGAUUUGCUUUUCAUCGAUGUUAUGUUAUAUCUCCGUUUGUGUGACAGCUCGUUUGAGGUGUUUGUUUUUGGCUUAGAGCUAUAGACAUUUGUGCUUAAUAACCACCAAUGUAGUUUGAUGAUACCCUGCCAUAAAACAUACAUACAGCAUUGACCAUUAUGAACCCUGGAUGGGAGUGGAGCUAGUUGUGGUGCUGAUGUAGCCGGUGUAUUUGGAGUGUCAGUAAAGGAAUUAAGAUCAUUUGUGACGAAGGGAGUCUGACAACGGAACCGAGCGGACGCACAAUAGUGGAGCUCCCGCUUGGACACUCAUAAUCCAGCCGAUUUGGGAGCACCCAAUACCGACCUUGGUCACAGACGCUGGGUCUAAAACCAGGACAGCCAGCCGAAGCCGCCGAUGCCGUUUUUUCUUGCGCCCGGCUCCAAAACACGACGCCGAGGCGGUAAGGCCUACCACGCGGGCGGACGACAGAGAGACUCAGAGGAGGGAAUCUGGCCCUGGGGCUCACCUGCUCUUGAAGACUGGUACCACAACCUGCCACACACAGGUGAGAUGGGGCGCAAGUCUCAGAAACCACCCACACAUACCCCAAGGCCCCAGCGCGACAUAGGCCAGAUGUUGCAGGCCCCAGGUGCAGCGCGGACCACGUCCCAUCGGGACUCCUCUCCACUGCCCUCAGAGGAAGGAGAACCACCUGAUAGCCCACUCACUCCAUGUCAUGCAGCUCCCCCACGGGUAAUGGAGGAUAAUGCCCCAGCAUCCAGGAGUGAUAUCCAGGCCAUGCUGACAAGCCUGCAACAGAACCUCAGGCAAAUGUGGGAGGCUGACCUGGCAGUGCUAAAAGGGGAUGUAAAUGCUGUGACACUACGUACACAAGCUACAGAGAAUGAAGUGGAGACCCUGAAACAAGGCCUACAAGAGCUGGGGGAGAAAGUACAAAAACUAACCACCACACAGACUACCCUCUCCAGACAAGUCAACCUACUGGACGACAGGGGGAGACGCAAAAACGUCAAAAUCAGAGGGGUGCAGGAAUCCAUCCCACUGGAGGAACUACCACAUUUCAUCAGACGCCUCGUAGCUGCACUACUUCCAACCAGACAAGCCAAAACCUUCUUAUUCGACGGAGUCUACAGAAUUGCGAAAUCCCCGCAGGCACCUAGCGCAGCACCGCGAGACAUCAUAUUACGGUGCCAGUCUAUGUCAGACAAAUUGGGACUUUUAGCAGCGCUCCAGGGAAAGACUCCUAUGGAAUUUGAGGAUUGCCGAUUAUCCUUUUUUCAAGACCUGAGCAGAGCCACACUACUAUGGCGCAAACAAAUGCAACCACUUACUAAACCACUCCACGCAGCAGGCAUUACCUACAAGUGGUCGACUCCGGGGACCCUAUGGGUUACCAAAGACAACAAACAUUACAAGGCCACGGAUCCCUCUGAGGGCCCAGCUCUAAUGGCGACAUUGGGACUCCCAACUCUGCCGACAACUUCAAUGCCACUGCCAGGCCAUCGACCCAGGAGGGUUGAAGCAACAACAACGGCUACACCCAGACCCCAUGGAGACACCAAGUCCUGAAACGACGCGCUCGGUCUGGGACUUUUGGACUUUUACUAAGACUCUCUUACUAAAAUGUUUAGUAACGCUUACAAGCGUUAGUAUUACUGGUUCACCUCUUUCUGUUAUAGUGGGAUAGCGACCUAUUGGAAGCCCCACCAGCCGGCUCUGGCGACAACUCCCUCCCUCCCCCCCCCCCUGCCCUGGGGUAAUAGGGUACUACCAGCACGGGAGCCUUACACUCACACAUAGUCUAACGCUUUCUUCCUCCUUUUACGCCGUGGGUUCUUUGCCCUCUGGGCGCAGAUAGACUUCCAUACAGCUCCCACCCACCUAGACACCUACUAGACUCAAACAUUUAUUACAGCGUGCUUACACACAGCCACCUUCAUCACUAUACUUAGCUAAGCCACACAGCGCACCUCCAAUCCAGGCGAGAGCCAUGCAGCGUCCGAAGGAAGGUAUAAUAGACAUAACCUAAAACCAUAUAGGAUGCCGCUGAAGGGAGUGCCACGACUCCCCACACACCAAACACGGCUCUAGCCCUGGACACCAUAUGGAGCACCAUAACCAAACAGAUACCAGAGAUCAGAUGGGGAUUUGACCCCCACAAACAAAAGCUUAUCGGAUACUGCACGCCCCACACGCUAGAUGGCUUCAAGGUAACUGCGCUGCACACAUAGACGAGUGAACACUCACCCAAAACUUCCACAGUUAAGGCCCACGUUACAACAUCCCAGCCCAAUAUAACUUAAAAAAAAAAAUGCAAAAUGUAUCUUAACAGUAUAUUUAAUGUAGCAUGUUCCUGUGAGACAUGUACAAAUGGUUUGCGGAAAUAUUAACAUGUCUGUCCUUUUAUCGCAUGAAAAUAAAGAUUUAUAAAAAAAAAAAAAAAAAAAGAUCAUUUGUGACAGUCAUAAAUAAAAAGGAGGUGGCAUUCUGGUGCCCAGUAUGACAGGUAGCUCAGAGAGGCAAGUGGCCCUUUAGAUUCAGAGUUGUUGAUUUAGAAUUGUUGACUAAACUGGGAACUGGGAAAAUGAUAGGGGAAUUGUAGAUUUUAGGCAUAAAUAGGUUAACUGGCAAAAUUAACUAUUUUUUCAUCUCUGUUAGUCACCGCUGGUUCUUAUCACAGCAACUAAAGUGCACACGCAGUAGUUGCUGUGAUAAUUCAUGCAGCAAGUGUGUUUCACGCAUUGCUUGUGCAAUAUUGCAACAAAAUGACAAAUAUCACACUGAUCAGAAAAUAAAGUAUCCACACGCCACAGGCCAGUUGGGUAGGUAGUGGUUGGGACAUAAAUGGGAGUAGUGGUUGGGAUUUACAUUAGUGUAACACCAGUAUGAUGGUGGCGCUGUCAACACUGGAGAUGCGGUAAUAUUUAAUUAACAUCUCCUUAAGCAAUAAAAUAUAUAAUUCAUCGCUUUGGAUAAGGAGAUGCACUCACUUAAAACAAAUGUAUCACCGUUUAUUAUAAUGCAGUUCUAUGGAAUAUAAUCACAUAUUUUAGUUGUAAUAUAGAUAGUUAUGCACGGUGUGGUGGUGGGAGUGCGUAGUAUAUAUAGUUAGGUGUUUCGAAUAAUGUCUGGAAAAAUUCAGGUUUCAAUAUCAAUAAACAGGUAGUGGAACUGCACUCAGCCCUUCGCUCUGGAAUCCUAGGGUGCUCUUUGAUCAGUCCCAGUACCAAAGAGACUAAAUAUAUAGUAUAAUUGUAGAAAGUAGUCCAGGCACUCCAAAAGUUCCAAAAGAUGGGCAAUUUUAUUGGACCCAAGAACCAAAAAAACGUCUCUUCAAUCAUUAUCCCACAUAUUGGGAGUGUCACACAUCACAGGACAAUUCACCCAAUAAAACACUAAGUUAACUAAUUAUUCAAUUAUUAAAGAGAUUUGUUUAAUUACAUAUCAUAAGGCAAAGUAGUCUAAAUAAAUUGGAAACGCCAAGAUUAAAUCCUGUCAUAGUAUGACAACACUCAAUGUAAAAUUCAUGUUGACAGUGUGGACUUUCAUUUAAAGCAGGGGUCCUCAAACUCUGGCCCCCCAGAUGUUGCUGAACUACAACUCCCUUGAUUCUUUGAAUUACAUAGAUAGCUAGAGAAUCAUGGGUGUUGUAGUUCAGCAACAUCUGGGGGGCCGGAGUUUGAGGACUCCUGAUUUAAAGGAACAUUUUAGGUACCAUUCCUGCCCAUUUAAGAGCAGCUGGUAAUGUGUUGUUGUAAUAUGAAGCAAUUACAUCAGGACAAGAGUGAAGCUUAACAAGAGUUAGAGAGCAGGUGUUUGUCUGCAGGAUGGUAAAGUGAAGUAAGCGUAUAGUUAUGUUGAUGUGAAGUCAGAAACAAAUAGGCAUUAAAAAAUAGAUAGAUUACUGAAUAUAAGAUGUAGAGUGUGUACAUCUUCAUACAAAGAAAGUUAAAAGCAAAAUCUUUCUAGGGCUCAGAAUGGCCCUCUAAAUUUGCUAUUCUCUACGUUUAUAUAAAUUUGUCAACUGUCAUCAUUUUUGUCAAUCACUUUUUUAUUGAGACACAAGGUGUGAAUACAGACUUAUAUAGCAGUAGUAGCAGCGAUGCAUAGACAUAGAACAACCAUGUAUCAGAUACAAGAUUAAGAGUCACGAGAAACAGGAAGAACAUAACUGAAGGGUGUACAGGGUUAUAUGAGGAUAAGAUUAAGAAGUUAAACAUGAAAGAUUAUACCCAGCUGUUCAUUAGCAAACACCAGCUACCCACAAAAUAAAAUUCAAACUGAAACUAGGCUAUGAUCAGUAGUGUUGUUGUUGACUAAGGUGAGUGAACUAUUAUUACAUUUUAAGUAUGGCACAUUAUAGGGUGCACCCGAGGGGUCAAGCAACUUCAUGCACCACGUGCAACUAUGCUUUUGUUGGGUUUACCCAAUACCCACGCUUGCUACUGGAAACUCACAUCAAGACUGAGUCCCAUCGACUUUUAGUGGUCCCCUACGCUGAACCCAGGCCUUAGUAAAAGCCAGUUCUCGAGGCCUUCAGUCUGGGAAUACGGUAACGGGUCCUGGGCACAUUAGGGUGCAGACGUGCAGUGGAUGGCUGAGCUUGUUUGUUCCGGUGCUUAGGUAUGGGCUUGCUUUGAUGCUUUGGAUCAGGCAUGGAGCCCUCAGCUGCAGGGGGUGAGUAGUAUUGCUUGCUUACACCCAGUCGCCUCUCCUCAAGCCUGCGCCAGAAUUCCAUGAAGAUUGCAUCUAGCCCUGUGAGAGUAGAUUCCAUUGGGCCCUGUGGCAUGGUGUGAGGUCUUGCGUCCGCCAUCUUGGUUCCUACCAAUUAACGUGCUGAGUCACAGGGCCACCAGGGACUGGUGAGUAGGGUGUGAUUGCUGGGGCCGGGAGAGGAACGGGAACCAUUGCUAUGUCCACUUAUUCCAGUAGGAAAGCCAGCAGGAAGAUCGGCCGCAUUCUCCUCGCCAGCACCCACAAGUAAGCCGCAUUUGCGUGUCAAAAAACUGCAAAGCGGUGCAGGAGUGGAAGCAGAGUAUUGCCAGCUUCUAGAUGGCUACCUUUGGUGAUGCAAAAGUCCAGAUUAAGGCACUUCAGGAGCUUUUCACACGGAGCACGCUCUGCAUGCAACCACUCAGGUUGGCAGCCAGACCCUGCCCCGUCAUCACUUUUUGGGCCCAUGUUGCUGGUGCAUUUGCUUACAGUAGCCACUUCGUGGAAAUUCUUAAUGAAUGUUAAUGGUGAAAAGCUCCAGAUGCUUUCUUGCUGAGUCGCUGGUUUACUUCCUGGCAGGUCACCUCAGCUUGUCAUGCUUCCAAAGUUAUUAAUUUAAGAACCAUUAAGGUUGGGUAAUAAAAACAUCUAGACCCAGGGGCAUACUUAAAAACUCUUCAAAGCUAAGUGUACCUACUCAGUUAUAUGAUUUACAGGAGAGGGGAUAGGACUCAAACUUUUAAACGUGAAAGGAUCACUAGAAAGUUCUCUAAAUCUCUCCCACAAAUUGCUUAAUGGGAUUUAUUAAUACAGUAUAGAAUACAGCAAAUGGCGGUUCACACAAGUUUUAUAUUGGGACACAUUUUACCUUGCUGAAGAGAACCUGAUAAGGUAUCUCAAAUGAGUAAACUGAAAGUAAAAAAAAAUAUAUACUUUGUAUAUUGCACAAAGGCAAAGUAUUCUUUUUUUUUUUUUUUUAAGUUCUAAAGAAUUCUUUUAGCUUUUUUACCCCAGCCUAUUUUUUUUCUCUUUCAAAUUUAUUUUCUUUUUUUUUUUAUAUUUAUAAUUUUAUUGUAGCUUAUAAAGAUUCAUACAAACAGAAAUAAACAGAAUACACUACAUUUUAGUUGCAUUCCAUAAUAAUCCUAGACAGUGACUUCACAUUCAUAUCAGAAAUUAAGACAAUAUCAUUUGGCUGUCAGUGGGAACGGUGUCAGCUAGGCUAUGCACAUUUUUAAGAAGGGUUAGCGGGUUACAAAUCUUAAUUUUAACCCCAUAUGUGGGAUAAUAAUUGUAAUUGGUUUUAUAGAGUUCCAGCCAAGUGCAAAUUCCGUUUUGUGUUUGUCUAGCACACAGCUUUGUUUCCCCUUCCUGUUUGGUUCUAAAUUAACUUUUCUUACCAUCCUGCCCAUUGCUUGCGUCAUUUUACAGAAACCUGUAAUCUACAGUGCGCAAAUUCAGCACUGUUUAUUCCUCUUUGAGUGAGACCCAACCAUGUGUUGCCCGUUUUAUAUGCUGCUUUGCCAAUUCCUUAUACCAAAGCUGCUUUCUACUCUGCAUUACUCCCCCUCAAUUCUAUUCUCUCAAUCUGCUAAUGCUAAAUUAUGUAAAACAGUAAUAAGAGAAAAACUGUGAUUCUGUACAUAGAAACAAUUGUCAGCCUUGUAUUGAAUGUAAAUGAGUUGUGUUUUGCAAUGAUAUGGUAUCUCUGACUUCCUAUUUUUGUACACAGCCCUGUUAAGGAACUAAUAUAUUAUUAACUUCACUGUGAUCAACACUUAUUUUUUGAAAGUGUUCCUAUCUCUCCCUCCUAUAAAUCUGUCAGCCUGUACCAGGGUAUUCAUGUUGUUUUCUACAGCAUUUCUAAUACUACACUGCAAUGUACAAUGUUAUAAUAAUAUUUUAGGAUAUUAGAACCCUGGACUAGUAUUCAGACUACUUGAAAAUGGUAUUUCUAAUACAUUAUAAAAAAAAUAUACUAACAAAUAGCACAUUGUUAUUGUAAACUCGUCUGAGUAAAAUUUAUUUUUAUAUUCCAAAGUUUUUUGAAAGUGUUGGCAUUUUUUUUUAUCCUUUAUUUUUGAUGUGCAUAAAAUUUACAAACAAUCUUGCAAUGCCCCAACAGCAUUGACAAGGUAAUUGGAGAAACACAGCACUCAUUGUGAGGCAUUCAGGAUAACCGCAUAUUCUAAGAGGCAUAAAGUUAUAAUAAUGAACAUGUUAAGUAGACUUAUCUAGAUCUAGCCUGUAGCGUAGGCUUGCAAGGAAGAGAAUAUAUCUGGACAUGGGCGUAAUGAGAGAUUCUAUCAAUAUCCUACAAGCUGUAAAAUCACUGGGGACAAACAUCAGGAAAAUACAAUGAAAACAAAAAACAAACUGAUAUCACGGCAGUGUUUAAAAGCAGUUGCAGCAUGAAGUAGGGGUCCCGUCCGCUUUAUUUAGCCUAUGCCGCUAUUUGGCCAGAUGAGGAAGGGCAGUCCAGUACCAGUCUAUGCUGUGUCUAAGCAAAUUUUAAUGGCAGCAUUGGGUAUUUCUGAUUAGAUAGAGAAAAAUAACUGAAAUAUGCUGUGUGUAUAUAUAUUGAACACAAUCAUAUUAAUAUUAAGUGAUCCAAUGUUUGCUGUAAUAAUACUUUUAACUUUUUUGGGAUAAGUUUCUAGCAGCUUUACACAAUGGCUGGUAGUAGUUUAUUCCCAUUAUUCUUGCUAGAUUUACUCCAGGUUGCUAGAGUGGCUCUUGUGGACUUUAAUAGUGCCAACGAUUUUCAGUAUGAUUGAGAUCAGGAUAUUGACUGGGCCAGUGUAGGAUAUUCACAUUUUUGUUUGCCUUUGCCUGUGAUCAUUGUUCUGCUGAGAGGUGAACUUUCUCCCAAGUUUUAGCUGCUUUGCAGAAAAGGCUCAACUGCAUUAAAUAUUGAAUUGUAUUUUGCUCCAUCCAUCAGUUCUUUCAAGAUUCCCAGGCCCCAUUGACGAAAUGUCCCCCUUGGGAUGAUGCUGCCACUGCCAAACUUAUACUUUAGCGAUUGUGUUUGUUGAUGUAUGUAGGGUUGUUGGCACUUUUCUUGGGAAAACAAUUAUGACCAUGCUAAUUUGCAUAAUUAAUUAUAUAUGUGUGACAUCACAGGGAGAGACAUAACAGAAAAAAUAGAAAACACAUUGAAAAGAAACCAUUCCUUAAAGCACUAAAAAAAAAACAAAAAAACUACUUACAAUCAUAAGUAGUUUGGGACUUUAGGCACCCUGUGUGAAACAUCAUCACAGUACCUCUCCCUGGGCACACUCCCCUCAUCCAAUACCUCCAACCAUUUUAAAACUUGCAUUAUUAUUAAUCCCAAAAGAGAUUAAAGGAACAUUACAGCAUUAGGAAUACAAAUUUACACCUAAUGUUAUAGUGUCCAUGUCACUACUAUGCAUUAAAAUAGAAUAAAUAAAAGUUUUACUUUUUUUAUGUGUGUGUCCAUGUGUUUGAAUGCAGAGGCAUGUGUUUGUGGAGAGUUGGUAUGUGUGAAUGUAGGGACCUGUGUGUAAAGGGCUGAUUUACAUAAAGGGGCGUGUGUGUAGGGGGUCAAAAGAUAGUACCCCAUUCUACACCUUUCCACCCAAUAUGUAGUACCCCAUUCUCCUCCUCCCCUCCUCAAAAAUAGUAGCUCAUUUUACAUUAGCACCCUACAAAUCAUUUUUUUCAAUUCUGAUCUAAGCAUGUCUCAAAAAUAGUGCAUAUCCCAUAAUGUUUUGCAUGUGUGUGCAGAGGCUGCUUGUGGUGUUGUAUGUUUGUGGAAAUGCUGCUUGUGGGGUUGCAUGUUUGUGGGUGGCUGCUUGUGGGGUUGCAUUCUGGGUCUCUAGUGGGGGAAUAGAGGCUUUAGUGGGUGGUAGUGGCUAUAGUUGAGUAAUAGUGGCUAUAGUGGGUGGAUAGGGCCUGUACUGGGACAGAUUUGGCUGUAGUGAGUGGAUAGUGAGGAGGAGUCUGUAGUGGUAGGACAGGGACUAUUGUGGGGUGGGUAGUGGGUAGAGUGUGGUGACAGAGGAUAUAGGGGGGUGACAAGAACUAUAGUGGGGUGAAAGGGGCUAUAGUGGAGUGCCAGGGGCUAUACUCCGGUAACAAGGGCUGUAGUGGGAUGACAAUGGCUGGAGUGGGGUGACAAAAGCUUAGUGGGGUGACAGGGGUUGUAGUGGAUGAUGGGCUGAGGUGGAGUGAGAGGGCUAUAGUGAUGUGAAAGGAGCUGACUAAAAGUUUCUUCCCCCUCUCUGGAGCUUAACCUGGUCCAGGAAGAGGGGGAAUCCAGUUCCCUGGUGAUCCGGUGGGAAAUGUAUCAGAUUGUUGCCGUGGUAUCCACAACAACUCUCUGAUAUAGUACAGUUAAGGGAGAGCAUCCCUCUAUUCAAGCAAAAGCCCUGCAGGUGCCAGCCAGGGAAAUAUCACCUGUCGUACCCAGCCACACAAAGGAGGAGAAUGGAUUGGCCGGUGAGGGAGAUCUUAUUUCCCAUAGGCCAAGCCUCCCCUUUCCUGCCUGCUGCUCCGAGACUGUGGCCUUGGCGGACUUAUGGAAAAUCCAGCUCUGGCAGGACUACCACACUAGUAAAGCAGCCAGCAAUAGCCCACUGACAGCAGCCAUGCUAUCAGCCAGUACACUCAUGCAGAUGAUGAACUUUGAGGGACCUCCAAUAGGCUACAGGUAAUGGGUAAGUAGUGGUUCUACACACGGUGUGAACUUUACAAAGUGUUAGUGUCUCACAAAUAGUAGCCAAUUGUUAGUUUUUUGUAAUGCCAUUAGGGUUUUUCCUCUGUGUAAACAUGGAACUUCCACUGCAGAGGGGUUAAAUAUAUUUGCAAACAGCACAAUUUAUUUAUUUUCUUCAAAAUGCCACCUUCUUAAAAUAAUUAUAUUUCAGUUUUAGGUAAACUAUCACACAGAACAAAACUGUUUUCCAGAUUUUAAAUUUGAAAAUAUAUAUACAAAAAUGUGAAUCAUACUAUAUUAUAAUAUAAAGUACAAUAGUGGUUGAGUAAAUUCUAUGUCAACAAGCCUGACUGCAUAUAGAGAGUAUUCAAGCUUACACUGGGACAUUGCUUUAAUUCCUUGUAACCUUUCCUCUCUCAUGUUCCCAUCACCUCAUUCCCAUUAUAACAGCUUCAUAUUACAACAACAAAAUGUCCUUAAAGGGGCAGUAUUUGGUUUUAAGCUGGUUCUAUGAAAUAUAUAUAUAAUAUCAUUUUACAUAUAUUAUAUGUAACUGUAAGAAUCUGUAAUAUACAAUUAUGCCAUGAGACUGAAGUCAGAGUAGUUAUGAAUGCCCCUACAACACUGAGAUGGCAUUAUUCUUCAUUAACACCCUUAACUGUUAUGUAAUAAAUAUUACAUGUUUUUUAUGGGGCUUUUUUUGGUUAGGGUUAGGUUUUUUUAGUCCUAAUGCAAUACUCUGAUAGACAUGUGACAGCCUGCCCGGUAUUCGUGGGAGUUAUAUUGACAGGCAGCAGCUAGUAUUUGAGUAUGUUGUCCCUAAUUCUAAUUAGAACUCUAAUACUUCCCCCUUACGAUAACUGACAUGACGGAGAGGUGCUGGAGGGACAGAAACAGUGUAAUUCCCUAUUCCUAGUUCCUCUUCCAGCAUGUUAGUAACUCUAAUGGUGAAGUGAACUAAUGGCAGCAGUUUAAUAAAGUAGUUUAAUAAAUCUUGGUCAGGCCUGGACAUGUAUGUCCUAGUGCUGCUCUGAGAUUAAUGGCCUCUGAAUUGCACAGUGUCACUCAUACCUCCCAACAUCAGCACCCGGCAAAUUAGGACAGUGCCGCCAAAAUUGGGUAUGUUGGGAGGCACGGUGUAGGUCACAAUGUGUAAUUCACAUGCACUAUGAAAUGUAACAGACCAUGCAGUACCUUGUGUUUGUUACCCUUAUGCAGUAACACAAAUGCUAAUUAAUGGAGUAAUGUAAUAUCAUGUAAACGAUGAGCUUUCUAGAGUUUUGGAAAAAGAAGUCCUAAGAGGAUCCCAGACAUAUGCCCGUUACCGAAUUCAUGUGUUAGUCAUGUGAGUUGUAUGAGCAGGGUCGCCAUCAGGGGGGCAUAGCCAAUACGGCUGUAUGGGGCUUGCAGGGCCAGACUGGGGGUACAAAGCAGCCCUGGAAAAAAAAUCUGUGCCAGCCCCAUAAGUCAUUGUGCUAUGUAGUGUGUGUGUGCUUAUCAUAUAUCAUAUAUAUAUAUAUAUAUAUAUAUAAACUCUGCAUUUGAGUAUGCUUUAAAAGAAAUAUACCAAUAAUAAUAAUAUAUACAUAUAUAUGUAUAUAUAUAUAUUUUAUUGGUAUGCUUCUUUUUCUACUUCAAAAUAUUGGUCAUUUCGGGGUAAUUCAAUUAUUAUAAUUAAUAAUAAAAAUAAAUAAAAUUAAACAUUAUAAAGAAAAUCAUACUCACAUGCAGACACAUUAAUCUCACUAACACAAGCUCAUUGAUACACAGGUUAACAGACAAUCUCAUUGAUAUACAUAAGCUCAUUGACAUAGAAACACAAGCUCACUGAUGCACACAAAUAGGCUCACUGACAGACAAUCUCAAUGACACACAUUGAGAAGCUUACUGGUACAUACACACAAAUUUAGUACAGACAAACUCACAUGCUCACUACAGACAAGCUCACUGACGCAUACACGCUCCCUACAGACAAGUCAAUUGACACACACAUGCUCCCUACAGAAGAGCUCAGUAACACACAUGCUCACCACAGACAAUCUUAUUGACACACACAUGCUCCCUACAGACAAGCUCAGACACACUCAUCCUCCCUUCAGACAAGCUCACCGGCAGACACAUGAUCCCUACAGACAAGCUCACUGACACACAUACAAGCUCACUCACUAGAAGGCACACACACACAAGCUCACUCACUAACAGGCAUACACACACAAACUCACUCACUAGCAGGCAAACACACAAAGCUUACCUGGCACUGGUAGGUGAAGGUGUCAUUGUCUGGCCUCUUCAUUCCAGCGAGGUCAGCAGCUUCCAUGCUGCCUGAAUUGCUGUAAAUUUUGAAGGGAGACUGACAGGUCUCCCUCCGACCGCCAGCCCCCCAAUUGCUGCCGCACCAGCCCCCUGCUCCUCCCUCUUUGCUCCCCUUGGACUGACACAGGCUGCCUGAGUCAGAGGGGAAAAUCAUUUAAAAUUUAAAUGAAAUCCUAAUUUAGGGCUGGCUGAUCGGUCCCAGCCCCCCAGGUGCCGCAGCCCACUGGGACAUUUCCGGGUAUCCUGGUAGGCCAGUCCAGUCCUAGGGGCUCGGACUGCAAGAAGGCCCAAUGUUUAUACAUUUAUUUAUAUAUAAAAUAUUUUACCAGGAUGUAAACAUUGAGAUUUCUCUUUUUCAAGUAUGUCCUGGGUCCACAAAACAUUACAUUGUUACAGUAGGAUACAAUAUUACAAAAAAUACAAUAUAAAAACAAUAUAUAUAUAUAUAUAUAUUUAUAUAUACACACAUAUAUAAAUUGAACACAUACCAGGUAAUAAAUAUAUUCAACCAUGACAGGUGCAUUCUGUGCUGCGGUAUAUUGCCAUAGAUCUCCUAAAAGAUUUUAGAUUGAAUGAAGAUUUGACCGUGUCCCUGAGGUUAUUCCAUAAUUGCGGUGGUCUGUAGGAAAUUGAGGAUUGAGCCACUUUAUUUUUGUAUUGCGAUAUGCUAAAUAUCGCACUAGUAUUGGAUUAGAGCUUAUAGGAGGUCGGAACAGCUGGGGAGAGCAUUCUACUCAGGUAGGGUGGGAGCUUCCCAGAAAUGUUUUAUGCACAAGACUGGAAAGAUGGAGUGCUUCGGGAUUCCAGCGACAGCCAGUUUAGCUCUUUUAACAUCACAAUCGUAGGUAAAGUAAUUACAUUCAAGUAAAGAGCGGCAGAACGAAUUAUAUAGAACGUAUUAAGUUUAUUAAGAUGGGUUUGCGAUGCAGGUGUAUACACGACAUCCCCAUAAUCAAUGACCGGCAUUAGCAUUUGUUGCACUGUUGCAUCUGUUUCCUUUCUGUAGGGCUUAGGCAGGAUUUGUUUCUGUACAGGGCACCUAGUUUUGGAUAAAGUUUGGAAGAUAUUUUUUCAAUGUGAAGGCCAAAGGAUAGAUUGGGGUCUAGCAACAUACCUAGAUAUUUAAAAGAGCAGACUGCUGUCAGUGUGCUAUUUGAAUUUAUUCUGAUACAUAGUUGUUGAUUUUGUAGUUUACGUAAUUUAGGUACAGUUCCAAAGAUCAUUGCAGGGCCGUCUUUAAGGAGGGGCAAAAGGGGCAGCUGCCCUGGGCCCAGUUACUCCUGGGGGCCGUAAGGCAGCUGCCCCAUGGGCCCCCUGCGGCACCUGCAGUAAUCAGGGGCCACAGCCCUUUAAUAUUGCUCUGGACCGGCCCGGGCCCCUGUUAUAUGGGGGGUGGCUGACUACAUACUCACAGCUAGCAUCCUCACAUACUGCCCUGUGAGUCUCUUUGUUUCCUGGGCAUGCUGGGAGGAAGUGAGGUCAGAUUGCUUCCUCCCAGUAAGAACUGAUCACUUCCUCCUCAGUGCCGCUGGGGAGGAGGCACACACCACAUGGAGGAGGAUGCAAGCAUUGUGGGAGAGAGGGACUGAGAAAGCUGAUGGCAGACUCCCAUCAGCCUGGGCCAGCAAGCUCUCACUGGACCCCAGGGAAGCCACCUUUCUGUACCCAAAAGGUAAGGAGACAGGAGGGUGGCUAAAUAUUUUUUGUUUUGCUUAUUUCUGAUAUCACUUUUAUUCAAGUGUUGGUGUUUGUAAUGUAACACACAGGGAAUAAGUACGUGUUAAAAAUCCUAGAAGAACCUGACAGUUCCCUAUUAAAUAUACAUUUUAAAAGUAUUUAUUUUAACAUAUUAUUGCAUCAAGUGUUAUCAAAGGUUGUAUACCAUUUCCAAAUGUCACUUUUGCCAAAUUCUGGACCAGGGUAUGUAAGAACAGAGUUGAGACAUUAUUAUGGCCAAGGUUGCUGGGAGUUGCUGUCCAAGAGCUGCUAGAAGGCAGAGAUUAAAAUAUGUAAAUGUACACAUAUAUAUGUGUGUAUUUGGCUGUGUUUAUGUCCUUGUGUGUAUCUGGCUGUGUUUGUCUGUGUUUCUGUGUGUAUGUAUACCUCAUACACCUGUAUGUGCACCUGUGUGUGUGUUUCGGUGUGUGUGUAAGUGUGCAUCUGAGUGUGUGGUAAUGCAUACAUCCCAGCAUUUUAAUGCCAACACAAAUACACUCCUAGAUUCCAUCUCUAGCACUGUACACAUAUACACCCCUGCAUUUAUACCUUUAUGUAUGUGUGUAUCUGAGCGUGUGUGUAUAUACCUGUGUCAGUGUGUGUGUGUAUGUGCCAGUGUGUGUAUAUCAAAGUGCUUGUAUCUGUGUGUCAAAGGGUGUGUAUCUGAGUGUGUGAGCAUGUGUCAGUGUGAGCAUGUGUGUAUCUGCGUGUUAAUGUGUAUGUGUAUAUGUGUUAUAGAAAUCACACAACAUGCAAACAGACCCCUGCAAACACAAACAUUACAAACACACCAGUUUGCUGAAACACUAAUACUACACACAAAUGUACACAUGUAUUUAAAAGACAACACUACAUCCAAACACCCCCUGCAUGCAAAUACAAACAUUACAUGCAAACACAUUCCUGUAUUAAAACGCUAAAAUUAUAUACAAACACCAACUCUACACACAAAAGUACACCUGCAUUUAAAAGCCAACACUACAAACAAUCACACAUCCCUGCAUUAAAAUGCAAACACUACACACAAGUACACCACUGCAUUCCAAUGGUAACAGUACAUACAAAUACACUCCUACAUGCACACAUACACUCUAUACAAUAACAUGCUGACAUUCAUUUGCACAAACACUGCUCAAAAAUACAACCCUGCAAGGAUGGUAGAUCCCCACCUGGCAUAGCAUCGCAGGAGUUGUAUGACAGAUGGGGAUCUAUCUUUUCUUUACUCUUGUGCUACAGGGCAGGCCUGAAUUUUUUUUUGUUGCACCAAGGCACUCUCUACAUUAGUUUUGCCUCUAGGUUGGGGUGGAGGGAGUGAUUGCAUGCCCAGGGGGCCCAAACAGAUGCUUGCCCAGGGUCCAAUCAAUAUUAAAGACGGCCCUGGAUCAUUGUAACAGUUUUUGUCAGUGUUUAGGAAGAGUUUGUAAACCGCUAAUCACUUUUCUACCUCUGUGAAUUGGUUUUGGAGCACAGCCUCAAGCUGCGGUAGAUUGGGUUUACUAGCGUAGUUUACAGUGUCAUCUGCAUAUGUGUACAGUUGAGGAUUUGCAGACGUUAGGCAGAUCAUUUAUGAAUAAUGUGAAUAGCAGGGGGCGGAAUAUGGAGCCUUGGGGAACUCCACACGUGAUUGGAAGAGGGAGGGAGGCGCUAUCAGAAAUGGCCACAUAUUGCAAUCGGUCUGAUACAUAUGAUCGAAAGCAGAUUAGCGGACGAUCACCAAUGCCUGAGUUUUUAAGUUCUCGCAAAAGAAUGCCAUGAUCUACUGUGUCAAAAGCCAUGGCAAAGGCAAGGAAAAUAGCUCCAGUUAAAGGACCACAAUAGGCACCCAGACCACUUGAGCUUAAUGAAGUGGUCUGGGUGCCAGGUCCAGCUAGGGUUAACCCUUUUUUCUAUAAACAUAACAGUUUCAGAAAACUGCUAUGUUUAUAAAUGGGUUAAUCCAGCCUCUAGUGGCUGUCUCUUGAUUUUCACAGUGAGAAGACGCCAGCGUCUAUAGGAAAGCAUUGUAAAUGCUUUCCUAUGAGACUGGCUGAAUGCGCGCGCGGCUCUUGCUGCGCAUGCACAUUCAGCCGAAGAGGAGGAGAGGAGGUGGAGAGAAGGAGGAGAGCUCCCUGCCCGGUGCUGGAGAAAAAGGUAAGUUUAACCCCUUCCUCUCCCCAGAGCCCGGCAGGAGGGGGACCCUUAGGGUGGGGGCACCCUCAGGGCACUAUAGUGCCAGAAAAACGAGUAUGUUUUCCUGGCACUAUAGUGGUCCUUUAUGUCUCCCUGUUCCAUGCCAAUUCGGAUGUCAUUGCAAAAUUUUAAGAGGGCAGUAGAAGUUGAGUGAUUUGGACGAUUUGAGUCUGAUUGAUCAGGGGUCAGAUAAUAUGAUUGUUGAUAAUAAUACAUACACUGAUCAGCCACAACAUUAAAAACACCUGCCUAAUAUCGUGCAGGUCCCCCAUUGUGCUGCUAAAACAGCUCUGAUGCAUUGAGGUAUGGGCUCCACAAGAUCUCGUAACCUGUGGUAUCUGGCACUAAGACAUUACCAGCAGAUCGUUUAAGCCCUGCAAGUUUUGAGAUGGGGCUUCCAUAGAUUGGAUUUGUUGUUCCAGCGAAUCUCACAGAUACUCAAUCAUAUUUAGAUCUGGGGAAUUUGGAGGAACAUCUUGAACUCCUUGUCAUGUUACUCUAACCGUUCCUGAACAAUUUUGCAGUGUGACAGGGUGCAUUAUCCUGCUGGUAGAGGCAAUUGCAAUCAGGGAACACCAUUGCCAUGAAGGGGUGUACAUGGCCUGCAACAAUCUCUAGGUAGGUGGGACGUGCAUUAGGUUUUUCAGCAAUUUGAGCUACGGUAGCUCUUCUCUUCACCAUUUGCAUAAAUGAGUCCAUGACCCAGAUGCUGGUUCACUGGUUGUCCUUCCUUGCUCCACUUCUAAUAGGUACAAAAAUUUGUCAUUUUGGAGAUGCUUUGCAUCUAGCCGUCACUAUUUGUCCUUUUGUUAACCCCUUCAGGACGGAGUCAAUAGUGCACGUUCUGAUCAAAACAAAACGUAAACAAAAACUGGAAUUUGCGCUAUAUGUCUGUUCAACUGUAAUUCACUGUUGAACAGACUGUCACAUUAAGUGCACCCACACUUAUUAUAUAUCAUUUUGUUCAGGAGAAACAGGGCUUUAAUUUAUCAUUAACUAUUCAUAUUUGGAACAUAAUUUAUUAUGAAUAAUUUUUAAAUUUGUAUUUCCGUCUGACAUUUUAGCUGUGAAUGUCAUAAUACUGUUAGGUUUUACUGCAAACAAACGCACAUAUUUGUAAUCAGCGAUGUCUCACCAGUAAAACAGUACCCCCAUUAACAGGUUUUAUGGUGUUUUGGAAAGUUACAGGGUCAACUAUAGAACGUUCCAUUUUCAAAUUGAAAUUUGACAGAUUAGUAAUGUUACCUUUGAGACGGUGUGGUAGCCCAGGAAUGAGAAUUACCCCCAUAAUGGCAUACCAUUUGAAAAAGUAGACAACCCAAGGUAUUGAAAGUGGGGUAUGUUUAGUCUUUUUUAGUAGCCACUUAGUCACAAACACUGGCCAAAGUUAGCGUUCAUAUUUGUUUUUGUGUGAAAAAAGCAAAAAACUAAUAUUUGGCCAGUGUUUGUGACUAAGUGGCUACUAAGAAAGACUGGACAUACCCCACUUGCAAUACCUUGGGUUGUCUACGUUUGCAAAUGGUAUGCCAUCAUGGGGGUACUUCUCAUUCCUGGGCUACCAUACGCUCUCAAAGGCAACAUAACCUGGCAAAUUUCAAUGUCAAAAAAAUGAAAUGCAAGCCUUAUAUGUGACUCUCUAACUUUCCAAAACACCAUAAAACCUGUACAUGGGGGUACUGUUAUUCUUGGGAGACUUCACUAAACACAAAUAUUAGUGUUUUAAAACAGUAAAACAUAUUACAACAAUAAUAUUGUCCAUAAAAGUGCUGUUCGUUUGUAAAAAAUGCAAAACACGUCACUUUUACUUAAAAUAUCAUCGUUGUAAUACAAUUUACCAGUUUGAAACACUAAUAUUUGAGUUCAGCGAAGUCUCCCGAGUAAAACAGUACCCCCUAUGUACAGGUUUUAUGGUGUCUUGGAGAGUUACAGGGUCAAAUAUAGUGCUUGCAAAUUAAAUUCUCUGCACUUUCUCCCUGUGUUGUCAGGCAUGUCAAUCAAAUUUUAAUUAAUCAAAUCACAUAAUUAUGUUAAAAGAUUACUUAAAUAUACAUGUAGAAUUUUAAUAUAUAUGCAUUUAUAGGUAUUUAAUACUAAUGUAAUCUUUUAUAUAAUUAAAGGCAUUUAUCUAUAUAUAUAUAUUUGCGGUUAUUUGUAUUUUAUAUAUAGCUAGAUAUAUAUAUAGAAUGUCAUUCUAAGUGUAUUUUGUUACCAAUAUAUAUAUAUUAAUAACAAAAUACAGUUAGAAUGAAAUUAUAUAUGAAUAUAUAAUUUAUAUUAAAUUUUGUUUCAAUAUUUUAUUUAUUUAUUUUAUUAUUUUAUUUAUUUAUUAUUGUAAUUAUACGUGUAUAUAUAUAAUAUAUGUGUGUAUAUCUAUUAUAUAUAUAAUAUAUAUACAUUUUAUAUAUAUGUAACGUCAUUCUAAGUGUAUUUUAAUACUAAUAUAUAUACUUAUAUUAAUAUUAAAAUACACUACGUAUGAUGCUACAUAUAUAUAAAAUGUAUAUAUAUAUAUAUAUAUAUUUUAUAUAUACAUAUAUACACAUAAUUUUUAUUUUCAACAUGUUUAAUUAAUUUAUUUUACACCUCCUACCAGCAGGGGGACUGUCUGACAUUUUAGACAGUCCCUCUGCUGGCAGAUCCACAGCCAGCUAUAGGGGGCCAUGUGAACGCUAUUUGAGAGCGAUCAUAUGGCCCCUGGGGGCCUCAUUUGGUGGGGGAGGGCUGCCUAGGCUGUCAGGCAGCCCUCCAGAAGAGGAUCGCGGCGGAGGUAAGUACCUCUGAGCUCCUGGGGCUGCAAGCCGUUAUGGAGUUCUAUGCCGCCGCAACGGCUUUAAAGCCCUUUUAAUGCGGGAAGGCAUAGAACGCCGUAACGGCGUUAAGGGGUUAAAGUAAUAUAUUACAUAUAUAUAUAUAUAUAUAUAUAUAUAUAUAUAUAUAUAUAUAUAAAGAAAUAGUUUCGCUUGUCCAUUUUUUCUGGGUUCAACACAUGAAUUUCAAGAACUGACUUUUCACUUGCUGCCUGCUGUAUCCCAUUCCCUGACUGGUGGCAUUGUAAUAGGGCCUUGCCAUGGCUCUAGGCGGCAUUUUGACAGUGGUAUUUUUCCUCACCUGUACACUGUGCAGGGCCCGGAUGAGGCCAGCGCUACCAUAAGGCGGGCCAUGCAGUCACCUUAGGGCACAGCAGCCCAGGGGCACUGGAUCUGACUAACACUGCACACGCUUCCUUCUCCCCGGUCUGACAGGAAGUGCUCACAGAGAGCACCAAACUGCUUCCUGUCAGACCGUGGAGAGGGAAACAAGUUUCUCUACACCAGUCCACGGCCACGUUACAAGAGGGAGGGAGAUAAGCUGGCACCAGACACACACACACAAAGACAGACAAGGGCUGAGGGUACAGAAACAGACAAGUGGGGGCCAGAAACAGACAAGGGCUGAAGGGACGGAAACAGACAUGGGGCGGCAGAAAAGGGAAAGGGCUGGGGGGAGAGGGACACAAGCAGACACAAAGUGACUGGGGGACACAAAGAUAGGGUCUGGAGAAAGGGUAAAGGAGACAGAUGGCUUGGGGAAAAUUUUGGAGGGGCUGGGGAAGGGACAGACAUGGGCUGGGGGAGACACCGAGAGGGGCUGAGGGAGAGACAAAGAAACACAAAGGGGUUGGGGGGAGAAAGAGAUAUACAAUGGGGCUGGGGGAGUCAGAGACACACAAAGGGGAGGUGUAAGAAACAGAAAAAGAAACACGCUCUGCAUCCACUAUACACACACACUCUGCAUCCACUACGCACACUCUGCAUUCACUAUACACACACACACACACACACUGCAUUCACUACAUACACACACACACACCCCCGUGCAUCCACUAUACACACACAUGCAAUGCAUUUACUACACACAUUGCAUACAAUACACACAAACACUGCAGCCACUGCACACACUGCAUCCACUACUAAAGUACACACUUUGCAUCUACAAUAUAGACACACACAAUGCAUUUACUACACACACAUUGCACCCAGUAGAGACACUGCAGUCGCUAUACACCUGGAUGUGAUUGUGUUUUGGUGGGCAUGCUUUUUUUUUAAGGGAAGGGGACAGCAUUUCAUCCUUGGACCCAGACAGCACAAUGUCUUGGACCUGCCCUGCAUUGUAAUGAUAUAAUCAGUGUUAUUCACUUCACCUGUCAGUGUUUUUAAUGCUGUGUCUGAUCAGUGUAUAUAUAGCCCAAGGGCCCAUGCAAUGAGCUGUGUUAGAGGUCACAAAUGUUGUGAUCGCAAGGGAACCAGAAUAAUAUUGUGCCCCUUAUUCCAACACCCUUUUUGCAUUCCCACAAGUAAGAUUAGACAUGUGAUAGACAGAAACAAGGAUCGGACUAGAGCAAAGACAGACGUUGUAGGUUAAAUAUGUUUAGGAUUGAUAUACCAGCUGGCUCUUCAGCUCAUUAAAGUGGUCUGGGCGCACCGUCCCUGUCCCCAUAACCCUGCAAUGGUAAUUAUUGCAGUUUCUGAGAAACUGCAGUAAUUACCUUGCAGGGCUAAGACUGCCUCUAGUGGCUGUCAAUCAGGCAGCCACUAGAGGCACUUCCUGUUGGUUAGGCGACUUUAGGUCAACUAAGUGACGUUGGACUCAUGCUUUGUUUAAUGACAUCCAAUGUUAAUCAAUUACUCAUAGGAAAGCAUUGCAACCAUGCUCCCCUAUGGGGAGGAAGUGGCAUUCACCGUGCAUGUCCAUUACCCCCACAACCUCCUGUUGGGUGCCGAUGGCAGGGGUGGGGUGUCAACCCAGCGCCGAGCGACAUUGGCAUACAUUGGAAUACAUACCUAUAAUGAACUCUAGAUCAUAGAUAAAUUGAAUACUAUCCAAGACAGUCAGAAUAACAGCCAAGACAGUGCAAGAUGUGUUUAAAAGCGAAAUAAGGUAUCCUGUGUUCCCUCUUUGAUUUACGACUCAUACUGGACCCCUUGUCCCUUAUUUUUGGCCCAUUUUUCUAUUUCCAUUCUCCUUCAUUGAUCUGUUCUGCCUUCACUUUUGUUCUUCCUGUUAUGUCCUUGUCAGGGUACCUGUUGGUGAUGUAUCCAGGGAGGACAUCCUCUCUGCUUAGGGGCUCCCUUCCCCUAGCAUUUCGGCAUAUUUCGGCCGUUUUCGCGCCGGCCGCGCUAGCUCCUCCCCCUUUUAUGACGUGACGGCUAGCGUCGACGUCAUGACGUCGGCAUUUGCAUAAAGUGCCGGGAACCGCUAUUCCGGACCUUUUGGGGGCGUGGUCUCUAUUUAGGUACAGGGUAUUUAAAGGAAACCUUUACUACUGCUCAUUGCCCUGUCGUGGUUCUAGCUUGCUAGUCACUCAGCGCGUUCUUUAUCUAGUGUUUCUGGUUUUGACCCUUGCUUGUCUUUUGUCCUGUUGUCCUCUCCUCUCCUUUGACUCGGCUUGUAUCUCGCUUACCUGUCCUCCGGCUCCCUUGACCUCGGCUUACCUUUUGACUAUUCUUGCUUUGUCCUUACGUUAGUCCGGCCAUUCUAAGGUCCGGUAUACGUACCUCCUUCUGUGCGCACUCUGCGUAUUGGAUCCCUGUCAGUUUCCUGACAUUACGACAGGGCCAUGAUGGAUCCUGCAGGUGCUAGUCCUCCUGACCCCAGAUUUGAGGCCAUGGACCAUAGAAUGGACCAAAUGGCUUUAGCGUUACAAACUUUGUUGACACGCUCCAGUACCCAGUCUGAAGAAAUACGUUCCACUGCUAGCCACUCGCUAAGUACUGGUUUGGAAGUAGCCACUGUAGGCGCAUCUUCCCAUGUCACGUCACCAUUACGAUAUGGGGGUUCGCCUGAUGCUUGUCGUGGUUUUUUAAACCAGAUAAGUAUACAUUUCGAACUACAACCCCGGGCUUACCCCACUGACAGGGCUAAGGUAGGCUUUAUUAUAACCCUGCUAAUAGAUAAAGCACUUAGAUGGGCCAAUCCCCUUUGGGAGAAUGACAAUCCUUUAGUCUACAACUACACUGCGUUUGUCACGGCUUUUAGAAGAACCUUUGACCCCCCAGGGAGGAAGAUUAAUGCGGCCAGAUCCCUGUUACGCCUUAAACAACAAGAUAGGACCCUUGUAGAAUAUGCUCUAGAGUUUAGAUCAUUGGCAGCAGAAGUGAAAUGGAACGAACAAGCUUUUAUGGAUGUUUUCUUGAAUGGGUUGUCUGAUGAAAUUCUAGAUGAAAUUGCCACUAGAGAACUUCCGGAAAAUUUAGAGGAUUUAGUAUCCUUCAUUUCCAGAAUAGAUGAACGCAUGAGACAGAGGCAGAACACUCGGGAAAGAGUUACUAGACUUCCUGUAAGACUCGCUCCCUCAUUUCAGAACCCUGGCUCCUAUAAUCCUACUCCACCAGAACCUAUGCAAAUAGGUAAUACUCGCUUAUCUGAGGCUGAGAGACAGUACAGAAGAAGGGAGGGUCUCUGUUUAUACUGCGGGCUGAGAGGUCACCUACGUCUCAGUUGCCCUAAUCGUCCGGGAAACGCUCGCACCUAAGUUCCCUUAGAGGACGGGCCUUGGGUGUUUCAUUACUGUCCUCUAUGCAUAAUAAAAAAGACCAUAGGCUUCUGAUUCCUGUCUCUCUAGCUUGGGAAAAGGGGUUUAUUGCUACGAUGGCAUUAUUAGAUUCUGGAGCAGCAGAAAGCUUUAUAGACCAAACUUUCGCUAAUAAGCAUUGUAUCCCAUUCCAAUUGAGAGAUACACCCUUGGCCGUUGAGGCCAUAGAUGGUAGACCUUUAUCUGAACCAGUAAUAUUCCAUGAGACCGAACCCGUUAAGCUUACUGUUGGUAUUUUCCACGAAGAGUUGAUUUCCCUUCUGUUAAUUUCCUCCCCGGCAGUCCCAGUGGUUCUAGGAUAUUCUUGGCUCAAGAGACACAACCCUCAGAUUGACUGGGAGGGUGGAGAAAUCGUUUCUUGGGGUAUGGGUUGUAGGAAAGAAUGUCUGCAGAGAGUUACUUCUGUUUGCCCCGUGAACUCUUAUGCUAACACUUCUCAAUCCACAGACGUUCAGAUACCAUUACAAUAUCUAGACCUCAAAUCUGUAUUUGACAAGGGUAAGGCGGAUACUUUACCUCCCCACCGGUCUUAUGACUGUUCUAUUAAACUUUUCCCUGGUACUAUGCCUCCCAGGGGUACGGUAUACCCUCUAUCCACCAAGGAAAACUUAGUUUUAGAGGAAUAUAUCAAGGAGAAUUUAGACAAGGGAUUUAUUAGAAAGUCUUCUUCUCCGGCGGGGGCGGGUUUCUUUUUUGUAGAAAAGAAAGACGGUACCUUACGUCCUUGUAUAGACUAUCGGGGAUUGAACAAAAUUACUAUCAGAAAUGCUUACCCUAUUCCUUUGAUUACUGAACUCUUUGACAGACUAAAGGGCUCGAGUAUUUUUACUAAACUUGACUUAAGAGGAGCAUAUAACUUAGUGCGAAUUAAACAAGGAGAUGAAUGGAUGACAGCAUUUAAUACCCGUUACGGGCAUUAUGAGUAUACCGUAAUGCCGUUUGGGCUUUGUAACGCCCCGGCCGUCUUCCAAGACUUGAUCAAUGAAGUUCUUAGAGAAUUCCAACAUGAAUGUGUAAUUGUAUAUUUGGAUGAUAUACUAAUCCAUUCUAGAGACAUUAAUUCACAUCAUAGACAAGUCAGAAAGGUAUUACAGAAACUUUUACAACAUGGAUUGUAUUGUAAAUUGGAAAAAUGUAGCUUUGACCAGUCUCAGGUAACUUUCUUAGGUUACGUAAUUUCCAAAGACGGGUUUAUGAUGGACCCGACCAAACUAAAAUCGAUUUUAGAUUGGCCUUUACCUAAGGGACUCAAAGCCAUACAAAGAUUUCUUGGAUUUUCUAAUUAUUACAGACGUUUUAUUAAAGGGUACUCCUCUGUUAUCGCUCCUAUCACUAAUAUGACCAAACAAGGAGCCGAUACCAAAACCUGGUCUACUGAGGCUUUAUCUGCUUUCGAAACGCUCAAACAGUCUUUUGCCUCAGCACCUGUAUUAGUUCAUCCUGAUACCUCUCUACCCUUUUUACUUGAAGUUGAUGCGUCUGAAACAGGGAUAGGCGCAGUGUUAUCCCAAAGACAAAGUUUAGAUAAGCCGCUGCACCCUUGCGGUUUUUUUUCCAAGAAACUGUCACACACUGAAAGGAGAUAUGACAUUGGUGAUAGAGAACUUUUAGCUAUCAUUAUGGCAUUAAAGGAAUGGAGACAUUUGUUAGAGGGCACCGUCCUCCCAGUUACUAUCUUGACUGACCACAAAAAUUUAUCGUAUAUGGGGAGGCCAAAAGAUUAUCUGCCAGGCAGGCACGUUGGUCUAUGUUCCUUACACACUUUAAUUAUGUGCUUACUUACAGGCCUGGUUCUAAGAACACUAAGGCAGACGCUUUGUCACGUCAGCACGAACCUACCACCUCUACAGAGGAUACUUUGUUCCCUAUUAUUCCUGAAGUCAAUAUUAUCGCCAACACCAAUGUCAAAAUACACUCUCCAUUGCUCGCUGAUAUUCAGAACGAACAAUCUCUUGCUCCCGAACGUACUCCUGUGGGCCGCUUGUUCGUGUCUCCCAAAUUCCAAGUGGACAUUAUUCGCUGUUUCCACGAUAGCAAGAUCGCUGGUCACCCCGGCAUCCACAAAACUUACUGCCUGAUCUCAAAAGACUUCUGGUGGCCCGGUUUACGUAGGGAUGUGGAAGACUUUGUCAAGGCUUGCAAUGUUUGUGUCAGGAAUAAACUUCCGCGGGAUCUCCCUUGUGGUUUAUUGCAGCCCUUAGUCGUUCCCAACAAACCUUGGGCUUGCUUGGCUAUGGAUUUUAUUGUUGAUCUACCAGCUUCCAAUAGGCAUACAGUUAUACUCACGGUCCUUGACAGGUUUACUAAAAUGGCUCAUUUCAUUCCCUUGCCUAAACUUCCGUCCUCCCCCGAACUGGCCGUGAUAUUUGCUAGAGAAAUUUUCCGUUUACAUGGUAUUCCCAAUGAGAUUGUGUCAGACAGGGGUUCCCAAUUUAUUUCCCGUUUUUGGAGAUCCUUCUGUUCACAGUUGGGCAUCAAACUGAAUUUUUCUUCGGCCUAUCAUCCUCAAUCUAACGGAGCAGCCGAACGCACUAACCAAAAAAUUGAGCAAUAUCUACGUUGUUUUGUUUCUGAACACCAGGAUGACUGGGUCGGUCUGAUUCCUUGGGCGGAGUUUGCUCACAACAACCUUGUUUGUGGUUCCACUCAUAAUAGCCCCUUUUUCUUGAACUAUGGCUUUAACCCUACUGUUCUUCCGUCGGUGUCUCCUUCCCAGGGUAUACCGUCGGUUGAUAUUCAUAUAGCCAACCUGAGAAAGUUGUGGGAUCAGACUCGACAAAUUCUUGAACGUAGUUCCGCGGUGUUUAAGUCACAUGCUGAUAGGCGUAGACGUCCUGCUCCUAUUUUUUCUCCGGGGGAUAGGGUCUGGUUGUGUACCAGACACAUUCGCCUGAAAGUUCCUUCCUUGAAGUUUGCUCCUCGUUACAUUGGUCCUUACAGGGUACUGAGGAGGAUCAACCCGGUUUCUUAUUUGCUGGAUCUACCUCCUACUCUACGCAUCCCUAACUCUUUUCAUGUGUCGUUAUUGAAACCUCUUGUUUGUAACAGAUUUUCCUCCCGCUCUACUCCUCCAUCCUCGGUCCGUGUGGAUGGUCAGGAGGAAUAUAUCAUCAAGUCCAUCCUUGAUUCUCGUAUUUCUAGGGGGAAGCUGCAAUACCUCAUAGACUGGAAAGGUUAUGGUCCAGAAGAGAGGUCUUGGGUUCCUGGUAUAGACGUGCAUGCUCCUCGUCUUCUUCGGGCCUUCCACGUUCGUUUUCCUUCUAAGCCAGGUCCCAUCCGCCCGGUGGGCGUUUCUAGAAGGGGGGGUACUGUCAGGGUACCUGUUGGUGAUGUAUCCAGGGAGGACAUCCUCUCUGCUUAGGGGCUCCCUUCCCCUAGCAUUUCGGCAUAUUUCGGCCGUUUUCGCGCCGGCCGCGCUAGCUCCUCCCCCUUUUAUGACGCGACGGCUAGCGUCGACGUCAUGACGUCGGCAUUUGCAUAAAGUGCCGGGAACCGCUAUUCCGGACCUUUUGGGGGCGUGGUCUCUAUUUAUGUACAGGGUAUUUAAAGGAAACCUUUACUACUGCUCAUUGCCCUGUCGUGGUUCUAGCUUGCUAGUCACUCAGCGCGUUCUUUAUCUAGUGUUUCUGGUUUUGACCCUUGCUUGUCUUUUGUCUUGUUGUCCUCUCCUCUCCUUUGACUCGGCUUGUAUCUCGCUUACCUGUCCUCCGGCUCCCUUGACCUCGGCUUACCUUUUGACUAUUCUUGCUUUGUCCUUACGUUAGUCCGGCCAUUCUAAGGUCCGGUAUACGUACCUCCUUCUGUGCGCACUCUGCGUAUUGGAUCCCUGUCAGUUUCCUGACAGUCCUCUGCUCCUAAGUCAGGUCUCUUAUUGUCCUUCAUAUUACACAGUAAUAUAGCCACAAAAAAAAGACUCAAACCCAUCAAAUUCAGCCUUUCACACAUCUCAACUUCUACUUUUGAUUUAAAAGAAAGUUAAAAAAACAAGUGAAAGUGAUUUUCAAUUUACCACAAAAUAGGAAAUAUAUACUUCUUGAAUAAAGUAAUAUUUAUCCUUGAAUCAACAAACUGUUAACUGAGAGAUUAGCCAUUUUAAAGCUAAUAUUUCCUUAAGUAUUCGAUUUAAAUUAAAACACACCUUUAGACGCUGUCUGUCCAGGUACUCCGUUCAAUUUCUAAAGGACGUCACCCAAGGACGGCUAUUUAGCAUUUUUGCUGUAAUUUCCAUGCAUGUAUUAUGUGUCCUCAAUCAUGACUACCCUCAUUCAGUGUUAAACAGAACGCAAAAUGGUUUAAUACUGAACAAUAGGAUGGCACCAGAAGACUACAUGCAUCAUAACCAAUUUAAUGAGAUGAUGUGGUUAUGGUGCCUAGAGUAUCCCUUCAAUAACCCAUCAAAUAAUUUACCAACAAUGAUGAUGAUCUUGUAGUAUUUUUGUCCCUAUUGUUGACCUUAUGGUGUCUCCUGUAGUUCGAAUUGUCCCUUUUGUGGUCUCUUCUAUUAUCACUUUAGUCUCAAUUGUUCCUCUUGUACCUGGCUCCCACUGUAGUAGUAAUUAUAAAUCCUGUGGGUCUCCUCUUCCCCUAUAGACCCUAUAAACUUUAUUGUGACCUCCCAUCCAUGGUUAUCCAUGUUGUAGCCUUCUGUGAUGUACCAAUCUCUCUGACAACAUACAUUGAUACUGCAGUGGAUGUCAAGUUUGUUGCAAUGCUCACUACACACACAUUCUUGCUGCACCAGCAUCUGCAGCCACAAAGUUUAGUAGUCUACACCUAGUCUUGCUGACUGCUUUCUUAUCUUCGCUUGACAAGGAAGGACUUACCUAAACAGGACUCAUAUUUAGGCACAUAGCAGUGUACUACCCACAAAGACAUAUUCUGACUAUGUUACUUAAGACAUUAAUGGGUUAAAGCUCUGGGCACCUGCACAUAAGUAAUACAUUUAUGUGGUUUGAAGCCUACUUCCUAGAGGUGAUACGCAUGUAGCACACUAGCACCAACAGGAUUAUUUAUCUAAAUGAAAAUUGUCGUUAAUUUAAAGUUGAGUCCAGAAUAGCCAAACUAGAAACAUGGCUAACAAUUUUUCCAGUUCAACUAUUUUAAGCUGAAAGGGAUUCUCCAAGGAUUAUCACAAUUACAGACCUCUAGGAGUACCCUGACGCCAUUUCCUGGCAAUGGGGCAAAUGUUUGCCCUCUGAUCUGGGUCCUGGCUGGCACCAGGUCGAUUCUGAAGAACGAUGAACGACAUCUGGCUUAAGGCCUCAUACUGAUUUCAUAUUAAAAAAAAACACUACUCAUACAGGCUCCAAGCUAAAUGACCACUUAAAAAAACUAAAGUGGUCAUUGUGCUUGAAAUAACCCUUUACAUUUUAAAUUCACUUUGAAUUCCUUACAAUUCUCAUUUUAACCAUGCUAAUUUAUAUAAAGCAAAAGGAAUAAAGAGUAUACUGCGCCCAAAGUUAUACGUACAUACAGCUAUAAUAUGAAGCGGCUGAUUGAAAACCUCAGGAUAAUAAAAUUAAAAAAAACAGACAAUAAUAGUGCAGUACAGUUUUUUCAGAGUAGGAAGAUAUUCAAUUAAUCUCUGAAGGCUCUCCUACAGAGAUUAAUUGAAUAUCUUCCUAUCUUCCUUCAAUCAGCCGCUUCAUAUUAUAGCUGUAUGUUCGUAUAACUUUGGGCUCAGUAUACUCUUCCUAUUCCUUUUGCUUUUUGUAACACGAGGUUUGGGAAUCCUCUUACUGUAUACAGCAGCCCUCACUUAUCUAUUGUGUCAUAGAGAGCGCCUAUUUCUCUCUGGUUCUGUAUGCCAAUUUAUAUCACUAUCGUUUUGGUAAAGAGUUAUUCUUUAAAGUGAAUUUUAAACUUAGGGCCAAAUAGCCAAAUAGUGGACAUAGCAGACUUCAGGCCUACAUUUUUGAAAUUCACUUAGAAUUUCUUGAAAUUAACAAUUUAUUGUAUAACCCUGACUCUUUUUUUUAUACAAUAUUUUGUUGCAAAGUUGUGUGCAAGGCAACAUAUUGCAGUAUAUAUAUAUAUAGCUGUAAAGAGGUGUUAUGGAGAUUAUUGUGAAGAACUGAAAGGUAAUUACAUAUUUUAAGCAAAAUGUACAUUGGAAAAAAAAUCUCCAAGCCAGCUAUUUUUCCCACUUGCUUGUUUAGUCUAAAAUGUACUCUCUUGUCUUCCUGACACAAUUCGUAAACAAAUCCUAAAAUAUUCAGCAAGGGUAGCUGAAAUGGAGAAUGUUGUCAGUCUUUUAACAUUGGCCUAAAAUUAGCAAAUCUCUUAUUCUCACAUUGGGGAAUAUACAUAUUUUGUGUUCGGCUUGUCAAAGCCAUACUUGAAUAGUCAUAACUAAAAUGCAUAUUGCUAAAUGUUUUUUUUUUUAUUUAUUUUUUAAACAAAAUGUUCCUUUGGUUUCCCUGGGGUCAUCCAUGUUUAGAAAUCAGAGAGCUCUUUUGUACAUAUUUGAGCUCUUUCCUUUUCCCUCAAGCUUAUUACUGGCAGUUUCGACAUUGCAGUGGUUGUAGAGGCAGCCAGGGCUGGGGACUACUUUCCAUUCUAAAAUACAAACUGAUAAAUACAAAUGUUGAAGAAAAAAAAAGAGUUUUGGUAAGUUAAUGAUUCUGCUCCAUGGCAAUCCAUUUGAGGGAUUUCCCUAUUGAUACUUUAGGUACUUUUUCUACUUUAUAAAAUAUAUUGCUACAUUCCCUGUCUGUGUAUUUUACAGUUGCCAACUCAGCCACCUAAGAUCCACAAGCUGUCGGGAUGUGCAUAAAUAGUGCUGCCUUGUAAUAGCUACAGUUCACAUGAUGUUUGAGGAAAUCAAUUAUUUAAUUAAAGAUUUUCUUCUGGCAUCAUGUGCACUGUACAUCCUGUUGGAAUUCAACUGAACUCCCAGCAACACAAGGAACAUAUAGCUAGCUGCCUGAGAUACUAUAGCAACUGUGUGUCUAGUUUAUAGGGACUAUGAAUGCACUUAGCAUUGAGAAACCUUUAUUAACCUCUCCACGACCAGAGUUCUGAAAAUCCCUUACUAUGACAGUCCUGAUAUUUAUAUAAUAUUGAAUGGGUUAAUCUAAUUCUUCAGCUUCAUACUGGAUUCCACCCACAGAACAAUAAGCAGGGACAGUCCCAGCCAGUAUUAGAAUCUUAUAUAAAGCCACCAGCUGUCACCAAAGUCCAUCUCCUUUACCUCUCACUGUAUCCCUUUCACACAGUGAGCAUGCCCCUAUCUUUUACACCAGAAUAAUCCCUGGAUCUCUGCAUCUCUGUUCCUGGACUCCAGGCCCAAUUCCCUCUCCCCAUCCCUCUUUUUUUAUCUGCAUUUUCUCUCCAUGCCCCUGAUUUAUCUUCAUCCCACUAGCUGACCUUGUGUGUUUGUGUUCUUACAUAAUCCAUUUCCUUCCCAUCCCCUAUCUCUGUCUGCACCCCUCCUCCUAACCCAUUUUCGCUUUCUCUCUUUAUCUAUGAUUCUUUCUAUCAAAACACAAGUUUUAAUGAAAUGUGAUGGAAGAUAUGUACCAGCUUUAGCAGAGAUAGUACUAUCCAAUAAUUACUUCCCCACUGGAAACCAGUGAACAUUGUGUCUCCCCACAAUUAUUUUCUUUUGUUUAUUCUGUUAAAAUGUUUCUCAAUAUUUCUCUCCAUGCGCAGUUUAUUGCUCUUGUAGUAAGUCUGUCUGACUUUUUGCAAGGCCCCCAUCUGACGAUCUCUUGCCUUCUAUUGACAGUCCCCCCUCCUUCCUUUCAUCCCCAUGCACAGCAGUUUUGCAGCUGAUCAUAGGCUGUGCAGCUGCCCUCCCCCCUCUAACUUAACACUUGGUACAGUCCUCUCCGGUUGUUUUGCUUGUUCCUCUUGGACUGCGGCUCGGACGCUUCCACAGACUUUCAGAACAGAGGGGGAGACGACCGGCUCUAAUGCAGCAGUUCUUGAACAGCUGUACGGUCAGUGUUUGGCUCCGGGAGAAGAGGGGGACACCGGGCACAGAGAGGAGGAAUCUGGGAGCAGGAGAAGGGUAGGUGAAAGGGAAGGGGUGCAGGAAAAGUGCAGAGAGAGAUAGAAAGAUACUGGGUUAAAUUGGAUACACUCAAGGGGCAAGGGGUAGGCUGCAGUGAUGUGCAUGAGGGCACCCAUGUAGAACUAGGUACACAGGAGAUGGGGCAGGUGAUGUGGGGUCUGGGGGAGGGGGGGCUCAUAGUGUCUGUAAGACACAGACCACCAUAUGUAGGGGUCACUGCCAGAUAUAGGUGAACUAUGGAUACCCUGAUAUUAUGGACUAUAAAGCCUAUGAUACUGGUCCAUGGAGGGUGGUAGGGAUUAUAUUAUGGACUAUAAACCAUAUGAUACUUGUCUAUGGAGAGUGAUAGGGGUUCUAUUAUGGACUAUAAAGCCUAUGAUGCUUGUCUAUGCAGGGUGGUAGGGAUCACUAUCACUGGCUAGAUGUGGGUAGGCUUCAAAAGUGAGUACAGAAAAAAGGAUUUGGGCUUCUGGCAUUCACAAUUUUGUAGACCACAACUCCAUCAUGCUCUGCCACAAGGUGCUAUUGAGUUGUGCUAGGUCACAGGGCAUUGAUAAUAAAGGGGGCACACAUGAUGGGUAGAAGAGAAAGAGGUUAAUAAGUUGCUGUUGACUUUAAGGAUGUUGGAUAGGUAGGGGUUCAUGAAAAAAGACACAAUUUGGCCUGUGAGAUGAUGAGGUGGUAAAUGAAGUUGAAAAGUAAAAGAAACACAGACAGGAAAUUAAUGUAUUCAUAAGGAGAGUGUAUGGGUUACUUGGAAAUACCCUGCAGAUCAGAAACAGCAACAAAAGUGUUAUAAUUUAUUAAGCUGCAACUCAGAAUUCUCAACUGUGAAAAGGGAAAAUGAUAAGAGACUGUUAGGAUGCAGUGUGUUUGAAAGGGUAGAAACACAAGCUGUAAAUGUAACUUACACUUGCCCUAAGCACUCUUUAUCCCACUGACUAAUUUCCAGAAAUAUAUUGCAGAAGGGAGUCUAAAAAGUUAGUCGUGACUCUGUCUUCCUGAAUAAAAAUAAAUAAAUCUAUGAGCAGACAUAAAGACCUAAAAUAGAACUUGAAGUCUGCUACAAAUCUCAUAGUCUGCUGAAAAGAAUUUGCAAACUGUUAUGGCUAUUUUGUUCCCAAGUUUUCCCAGGGCCUCAGCCUUACAGAGAGAAUACAGCAAAAUACAACUAUGUAAACUGACAGCUUGGCACAGGCCAAUCGGAGAUUGGAAAUGAAAAAAAAAAUGUAAUAGUCAUAAUGUCAUAAUGUGCGAGGAUGCAAUAUGGGUGAGUGACGGAGCCGUAAAAUGAGAAAGCAGAUGGUAAUGUUGGAUUAGAUAGCUGUGUAGAUAAGUGAAGGUGUUUUUUUUUUUAAUUUGUUUUUUAUAUAUAUACAUGAGAAAACAUUUUCUGUGUUGUUUAUUAAGGUUCUAUGCACAUUUAAAAAUGCCUGAUUAAUAUUAGCCAAAAAUAGCUAUACAUAUUUAAAAAAAAAAAAAAUAGAAUUAUAGUGGGACCUUAAGGGGAUUGUUCUAGCAAAUCUAUUAGGGUUUAAAAUGGGACAUUUUGAAAGCAGCAUUUAAAUUUUUAAAUCAAAAAUUAAAACUUGAUUCCUAUGUUGUCUGUACUCUUAAAGGGACACUAUAGACACUAUAACCACUCAAUCACAUUGAAGUUGUUAUAGUGCAUUGAGCCCCUUAGCACUGUCCUUCCACUCAAUGUUAAACUGUUAGAAAAUGAUUGAGGCUGCUUAGCCACAACUGUAGACUACCCUUGUCGUGGCAUUUAUAUCAGCAGUGGGAGAUUGUGAUAGGCUGAGAGUGUUUAGUGGGUGCAUUAUCCAAACCAGCAGAGAGGGGACAUUAAAAAGAGAAAUAAAUUGCAUAUAUUCACAACUCAUCUACAAAGUAAGAAGUAGUUCUAGUGCCUGGAGCAGUGCCGGACUGGGAAUUAAAAGCAGCCCUGGAAAAAAAAUAUUUACCAGCCCCAUAAUGCGUUGCGCCAGCAUAGUGUGCAGAUACAGAGUUAGAAAAGAGAACUUAAAAUUAAAAAUUAUUACUCCAACGUAAAAAAAAGCACUCAUAGGCUUCAAAAUAAACAAAAGUGCAGAUUUAUUUUAAGCAGACGUGCCUUUGCAUGUAAUCAAUGUUUCAGUCCAACUACCUUGACAUAUUAAGGAAAGCUUGGUAAUGGGACUGAAAUGGUGAAUGUAUGUAGGGCAUAACUGUAAAGAAAUGACGUUAUCUUGUUUAUUUUGAAGUCCUGUGGGUGCGCUCUUCACUUUAAAUAUUUUAUUGUGAUGGAGUCUGCAUCUAGCAACAAGACUGGACCAAUAUCUGCUCAUUACAAAUGGUACAUAUUAAUGACAUUUAUCUGUGUAUUAUGCAUAUAUAAAUGUACAUUAAUAUAUGUGUAAAUAUAAUAGGCAUUUAUAUAUAUAUAUAUAUAUAUGUAUUAAACUAAUACACAUUAAUAUACAUGUCAUAUACCAGUGGUGGAUCCAGAGCCUGAUCCCGGGAGGGGCACUUGUAGAUUAUUUAAAGAAAUAAUCCAUGCCCAAUAACCACUACUGCUGUGUGUAGUGGUUAUGGUGCAAGGAGUGCCAGGACCCCCUCCCAGAGUAAGUAGUCAACCGUUUAAGAACAGUUUGACAACUUACCUGGGGUCUGCUGGGAUAUGGGGCUGUAGUAGGGUAUAGGAGCAGUGGUGCAAUGUGUGAUGGGUGCAGUGUGUGUGAAAGGUUCAGUGUAUGUGUGUGUAGGGGGGGUGUAGUGUGUGAAUGUGUAGGUUGUUUGGGGCAAUGUGUGUAUAGGGGGGCUGUGUGUGUGUGUGGGGGGCUGUGUAUGUGUGGGGGGCAGUGUGUUUGUAUGGGGCAAUGUGUAUAUGGGGGCAGUGUGUGAAUAUGUGUGGUGUGUGUGGGGGCAGUGUGUGUAUGGGGGCAGUGUGUGCCGCACAGUGCCUGUGGAACGGGGAGGGAGAUCGGCUGGCAGGGGAGAGCCUCGUGAGGGGGGGAAUUGCCCUGUUGCCUCCCCCCCCCGAUCCAGUGAUAUAUACAGCCCCUAUGUGUGUCUCUUUAUCUCCAGCCCCUCUGUGUGCCUUUUUGUCUCCCCUCAGUCACUCUGUAUGUUUCUUUCUCCCCCUCACUGCUCCUCUGUGUCCAUGUCUCCCCUCUCCUUUCCAGUCUCUCUAUUCCCCCUCUGCCUCUUUCUCCCCCUCCCCUUGUGUGUCCCUCUCCUUUCCCCCUCUGCCUCUUUCUCCCUUUCCCCGUGUGUGUCUCUCUCCUUUCCCCCUCUGUCUCUUUCUCCCCCUCCCCUUGUGUGUCUCUCUCCUUUCUCCCUCUGUCUCUCUCUUCCCCUCUGUCUCUUUCUCCCCCCUUCCCUGUCUCUCCCUCACAUCUCUCUUCCCCUCUGUCUCUUUCUCCCCCCCUUUCCCUGUCUCUCCCCCACAUCUCUCUUCCCCUCUGUCUCUUUUCCUCCCUCCACCAUCUCUCUAUUCCCCCUCUUUCUCCCCCUGUCUCUCACUCUUCCCCCUGUCUCUUUCUCCCUCUUUCCCCUGUGUCUAUUCCCCCUCUGUUUUAUUUUCCCCCUCCCCUUGUGUCUUUUUAUUCCCGUCUUCCCCCUCCCAUUUACCUGAGAGGAGUCAGGGGGGCCGGCCGCAUUCCACGCUGGAGCUGUCGGGCCGGGUGGCAGCCUCACCGUUCCGGCGGCACUCCUGUCACUGAUGCUGAGGAGUGAGCACUGAAGGAGGAGGGAGGAGCAUGUCUCUCUACCAUGCUCCCUCGCGGUUCCCACAAUCCCCAGCACAUGGUGUGCUGGGAAUUGUGGGAACCGCGAGGGAGCAUGGUAGAGUGACAUGCUCUUCACUCCUCAGCAUCAGUGACAGGAGUGCCGCCGGACCGGUGAGGCUGCCGCCCGGCGGCUCCAGCGUGGAAUGCCGCUGUCAGCCCACCGGCCCCCUCAGAGUGUGUGCCACCGGACCGGCCAACCGGUGGCACAUACAUGCGCAGCGCAGCCCCCAGAUGCUGCGGCCCACCGGGAAAUUUCCCGGUAUCCCGGUGGGCCAGUCCGGCCCUGGCCUGGAGGUCCUGAGGUGCUUUCUUACCUUAAAGGGUUAUGCGCUGGAUCUGCAGUUUCCAGCUUCUGACAUUGAGUUUCAGGAAGCGCGGAGUGCCGCCAGCCAGGCCACAAUUUGGCUAAAGCUGAUGCUUUAAGUAACAAGGGAUAGGCAAGCUUUACUACUCCAGAUGUUGUGGACUGCAUCUCCCCUGAAGGUUUGCAAGCAUUAUAGCUGUAAGAGCAUUAUGGGAGAAGAAGUCCACAACAUGUAGAGUGCUGAAUGAAGGUUGCCUACCGCUGCUCUACGCCAAACAACAGCUCUCCAUUCAUAAAAAAGCGGCUCCCCUACCUAGUGGCAUUCAUCGCUUCCUGAAACUCAAUAUCAGAAGCCAGAUGGCGCCUGAAGGAACUGCAGAUCUAAUGCUGGAUGCUUAACUCCUUAAGGUGAGUGAGUGCCCAUGGGCCUUCUGGCACCAUAACAACCGUUUUGGAAGAUUUUAAUUUACCAUAACACUUAUUUAGUAAAUAGACACUACAGUUUAUUAAGUUCCAUUUAUUGCUGCUAACUUUGCUAUUAUGUGAGGGUUUAUGAAAGGUGUUUGUUACAGGCACGUAUUGUGUACUAUUGAAAAAUAAUUUAACAAUAUCAGAAAGACAGGAAUUUAAAUGUUGAACUAUAGAAGGCCAAUGGCCUUCUAAAAAUUUGAAUUUUCAGAUGUGAGUGUAGGUCUUUACAAAGAAAUAUUACAAACACAAUGAAUGGUUAUUUUAGUAUGUUGUCUAGAAGGAGAGAUUGAUUUAUGAUUAAUUGAUCUGCGAUGAACAUUUAAAUACUGUGGAGUAUAAUAGGAUAUAUAACCAGAAAAUAAGAUUUAUUAACGUCCACAGUUUAAAAGGGCACUAUGGUGUCAGGAACACAAACGUGUAUUCCUGACACUAUAGUUCUAAAACCUAUAAACCCUAUAACCUGGGUAGAAAAUUGAUUUAGUCACCUUUUUCCAGCACCACGCAGGGCACCCCACGUUUGGCCCCCGCCAUCGAUCCGCCUCCUUGCCUGACAUCAACAGAAUUGAUGAUCUCAGCCUAUCACAAUGCUUUCCCAUAGGAAAGCAUUGGCCUGGCUGAAAUUGUCAAUUCUGAUGAUCUCACUCAAAGAGGCAGGGGUCAAAGCCAAAUGCUGCCCAGCCCACUCAGCAUCUCCUCAUAGAGAUGCAUUGAAUCAAUGCAUAUCUAUAAGGAAAGUUCAGUGUGACGCUGAACGUCAGUGCACACUGUGCAGCACUAAUCCAGGAAGUACCUCUAGUACUCAUCUGAGGAGUUUCUACUAGAGGCAUUCCUAGGUUGUAAUGUAAACACUAUAUUUUCACUGAAAAUACAUUGUUUGCAUUAAAAAACCUUCAGGGACUGGCUAUACUCACCAGAACAACUACAAUAAGCUGUAGUUGUUCUGGUGACUAUAAUAUCCCUUUAAUUAGGACAAAACAGAAAAAAACAUGACACCGCAAUGCUGUCAGUGGAUGGGGCCUAUUGCCAGGCAAUCCCAAACUUGCUUUGAGUUCACUCCCCUUUUAACUUGAAUGGAAUGUUGACUCAGGAGCUCAGAUCAAAGAAACCUUAUUCACCUGUUGCUAAAAUGUUUCUCCUAAACUUGCUUAUGAAGAGGUUACAAAAUACAGUCUUUGUUGUACUCGAUCAAGUUCAAAUUGAAUUACUUUUCAUGAAUACCCAUAGAUGCUAAUUAUUGAAAAUAUUUAUUUGGGGGCAGUUUUUGAGCCACGUUUUUUGGUUUUAAUGGGUUUGUUUUACCUUAGUGAACAUUUGGGGGGAUUACAGUUGGUGCACUUGGUGAAAUCUUUUCUUUUUUUCUUCAGAUAAUCACUGAGUUGUCCCAAGCCAAACUGAGUAUAAAUUGAGGUUGCCUCAAUAAGGUUUACAGGCUUUUUAACUAAGGGGAAUUGAAGAACCAGAGAUGAAACAAGUUUUGCUUAAUUGACCAAUAUACUAUAUACAAUAUUAUAGUUUUAAGCCCAGGGAGUUUGACCAAAUUGGCACUGCUGAAUAACACCAGAUUUCAGAUAGAGUUGUUCUCAGGCCUAAUCGGUUCUUAGUGAAUAAACCCUUGGUACUAUGAUAGGAUGUCCCCUAACAGUUAAAAUAGACAAAUAGGGACACUUUCAUUUGUGAGUGUGGGUAUGGCCAGAGGUGGGGCUGUGCUGAGCAAUUUUAGAUGAUUUUUAGGCAAAUGUAUUCUACUAAAAUACAAAUUAGAACAUGAACAAUAUAUCUUAUUAUACAGACUGAUUUCUUAAGACAAACAUUACUGUGAGUAUUAAAGCUGUUAUAUACUUUACAAUAUGGAGCUCCUAGAAAAAAAAGGAUAAUAGGAAAGAAAAUAGGAACAGAGGGCUUUGUGUCCAAAAUGGGGACUGUCCCUCCUACAUAUGGACAAUUGGGAUAUAGAUUGUGUUUUGAUGAACACUCAUCAUAGACUGCUGUAAAUUUGCCAAGCUGUCUGUUUAUUUAGCACUUACAGUAAACUUUUAAAUUAGUUCUCUGUUAUGCAAAGUUUCUUUAACUCUCUUUGAUGGGCUCACUUGAGUUAAACUUUAAUUUUGGCUUUAAGUCAGACAUUGACUUUCAGAAUUGCCUACCACAUUCUGUUUCUUUUAUAUUUACAGUUUUGCAAUCUCCCGAACGUCUCUUUUUCAAUGUCUCAAUGAAAUGCUUAUUUAAUUCACAAGGUUUUUAAGAGUCAUACAUUCACAGUGUUCUUUUUAUCUUACAUACUUACUUCCUUGCUUUCAGAUCAUCGUGGGUCUCCAUUCCACCCGCUACAGUCUGCAAAAUCGUUUUCUGGUACCCCUCACAGCUUAAAGCAACUGAACCGUGAACUAAGAACAUCAAUGGAGGGAAAAUACAAGGAAAUUGCAGAGGUUACUCAAUAUUAAUUAUUCUAAUUCUUUUUCGUCUCACGAAGGAACACUGUAUCAUUAGGAAUACAUAUAUACACAUCAUACCUAUACAUAUCAGUCUUGUUGUGCCUAAUUAGUUUAGGGCUCCCACAGUGUUAAAAGAAAAAAAUGAAACAAAACAAAUGGCUCACCUUUUCUCUAGCGCUGAGUCUCUCUCGACGCUGCUGCGGCCCCCUCCUUGGCUGAUGUCUUCUUGGAGGUGAACCUCCUGAGGAGCAUUGGGGACCAUAGGCGCAUGCACCUAUGAUUCUGCCAUAGAGAACCAUUGGCAGAAUCAUAGGUGCACUGCACUGCACAUGUGUGCAUGAUGUCACGCUGUGAGAGCCUGUAAGUAACAGUCCUGCCUAUCAUACAAGGAUGGCAUACCGAGAGAGACAUGCUUCCAAACCUUCUAAUUCUUAAAAUAAAGGGUUCAGGGGGGAGUACUGAAGGCACUAUAACAUCUUCAAUAAGAUGGAGUUUUUAUAGUACCUACAGUCUUGCUUUAGUAUCUGAUAAUACAUCAUUAGUUUGUUUAUUUAACCUUCAUUAAAUCUAACAAUGUCUGUCUUGUGUAUAUUUACAGCCUUCCCAACAUAUACUUUUUUAUUUUCUCCAGAAUUAUUCUUUAAGUUCCAUGUUCCUUUCAGUUGUGCUCUCUCUGUGAAAUCUUACCCUUAUUCAAACUGUUUCCUUUUUUUCCCUUCAGGAGCUCUUCAGUCGCUCUCUUGCAGAUAGUGACAUGCGUUCUGCUCCAUAUGAAUUUCCAGAGGAGAGCCCAAUUGAAAAGCUUGAGGAAAGAAGACAACGUCUAGAGAGACAAAUCAGCCAAGACAUUAAGUAAGAGCAUUUAAGGAAUUAUAUUUAAGGGACGUAUAAGGGAGAAAAAGAGGACCAAAAGCCAGAACAGGGCUGAAACAAAGACACAAAAAUAAAUAGAAACUCAGCACAAUUAGCAGUUCAUACAAUGUUUAUGCAGAGUGUAAAAUAGAGAUAGAAUUGACAAAAGGUUUAUAGAUGUUGAAAAUGUUCUUCUAGAAAGGAUCUGCGGGAACAUGUUACACAAAAGUUUAACAAAGGAAUAAUAGGUGAAAAGAAACGAGGAUGAUGUGAUGAAAGCCCAUCAACAGAGAUCUAAGCAUGGGAUGGGGGUGAGAGCAGAUUCCCUAGACCAGUAUGAGAUGAACUUAAGUGUUGACCCUCUUCCAAGUCACAAUGGUUUUGCCUGCUACUGACCUGACAAAUUGUUGUAGUGGUAAUGGUACCAGGAGUCACCUAGCGCUGUUCCCUAGUUAACAGUCAAACUAUUUUCAAAUAGUUUGACAUUUGCCUGGGUCACCUUAGCACAUGUGGUUCCACUUACUCUUCAGAUUGCUAAAGUAUAUGUUCUCCUCUCACAAUUUUUUUUUUUUUAUAUAUAUAUAUAUAUAAUGUAUUUAUUUUUAAAUAAAAUCUGUCCAAACAUGGGCAAAUAUGGUAGUUGGAAAUUACAUAUCAUUGAUCUCUGAAGUGGGGGCUGCGCCAUAGAAGCUCAGGAGACACAGGUAAGUGUGAAAUGAUUACAGCAUGUAAUGCAUGUAUUGCUUAGAGUGAUCCUUUAAUGCAUUAUCAAUAUACUGUAUUAGUAAAUUGGAUUUUUGUAAGGAGCAACAUCUCCACUCCAGUGGGAGUGAUUUGUUAAGCAGAUUUGAAAAAAUGUUUAUUUCAAUGCCCAUGCAUCCCGUAUCCACAAUGCGUUUCAGGGAAAAAUACUAGAUUGGAUAGAUGUGAUCAUAAUUGAGUAACUCACUGGAGGUGGAGUGGCUGCACUGAGGAGACUGUCCCAGUGCUGGAAUAAAGGUAUGUUUAAAGAAUUUAUAAAAAUAAAUAUUUUAAAAAAAAAGGUGGAGGGCUGACAUUAAAUGCCAAGAGGAACGCUUCAACAGUAAAAAUAAAUAAGUUAUAUUACAUAUAUUUAUUUUUAACCUUCAACAUUUGCAGACAUAUGUUUACAUUUAUUCAUUGCUGAGGUUGUUUUCUCUUAGAAAACCAACAAAAUGCUUUAUUUGGUCAGGGAUGCCCAAACUUUUGCAUGCAACUGUACAGUUCCAGUAUAUGCAUAUGAGAUCACAUUUAAUUAAAAUCUAAAGGGAAUAGUUUUUUCAUGAAAUUACAUUACAGAUUUCCAGUGCCAUGUGUCGUCAUUAUCAUACUAUCGAGUUUGCCCUUCCCUCAUCUCCUUUUUUCUCUUUUGCAUCUUUUAACUCCUAUCUAGACUUGAACCUGAUAUUUUACUUAGAGCUAAACAGGAUUUUCUGAAAAUUGACAGCAGCUCUGACUUACAGUGAGUUACGCCUUUGCCUCUAUAUAAAAUUGUUCCUGGUUAAUUUCCCUUCCAGUUUGCGCUUCCCUUUCCUUUUUUUUUAUAUCUUUAUCUGUUAUAUUUUUAUUUUCUAAUUUCUCAGUCCCUUCCUCUCUCUUCUUCGUUUCAAACAUUUUACUCUUCUGUUUGGUAUCCCUUUUCUCAGAUUAUACAAAGAGGAAUAUGAAGAUUAUGUAGACUGCUUCUCAAAGGAAGUUAUCCUUGAAAGAGAGUAUUUAAGAGUAUCCAUCACUGGCGAUGAGAAAUGUGGGGUAAGUACCAACAGUUAAUUAACUAUUUAGGUAAAAAGUAGUUGACGCCUAAAGACUUAAAACCUACUAAUAUAUUGCACGAACACAAGUAUUUAUGAAGUUUGUCUCAAUCUGAAUUGAGAUGUGAGAAUUAUUGGGUGAAUGCAAUAGUUAUCAUGGGUCAUUUUUUUAAUUGCUCCAUCUUCUUAACAAUGGGGAUUGGUUCUUUUUUGUAUCUGGUCCUCAGUAAGGUAUUGAAAUUGUGUGUGUAUAUAUAUAUAUAUAUAUAUAUAUAUAUUUGUGCUUGGAAUUUCUAAUACGUAAUGGGAUGUAGAAGGAGAAGCAAAGUUGGUUGAGGUGUGCCGAAACCAAUGUACGAGUAGGCCUGUAAAAAGAGGGCAAAAGAGAAUUCUAAGAAAACACACUUUAUUGCAAGUUUAUACAGCGUGAGUACUGAAAGCUUGUAAGGAGCUUUUACUCUGAUUGAGGUAUAUAUUUAACUGGGCUGAAGGUUACCUCUGGCCCCAUCACUUAGUGAUGUAGACUGGGUGUAAGAGCUUUUGCGAAAAAUAGAGACCAGCGAAGGAAGCCAUGUUGUAGCUCAACCGUAAUGAAAGGGUUAGACGUGAAGUAAUGGAUUAGGACUGAUAGUGUGUGGUUGACCUUGGAGAAGUAAAAGCGGAGUGACAGCAUAGGACGUUUAAGUAAGAUGCUUGAUUUGUAGGUUUAGAGGAAGAGGCAGAAAUUACCAUCUUUUAACUGCAAAAGUCUUGAUUCAAGCAAACUGUACUUGUAACGUGUUACAAUAUACAAGGCCCUGGCAUGAGUGAUAGAGUGGUCAUGAAACUGCGUGAAGCGUGCGUGCCUGUCGUGGUGUAAUUGUGUGCUUAGUCCAAGAUUAGCUCAUGGAAUGGUGGUAUCCUGGAUGGUAGGUAGUGGGUCGUAGGGAGUGCCUUAAAUUGAGCGUGAAAGAGCGUCAGUGGCUGUGUUGUGGACACCAGGAGUGUAAGUGUAGACUAGAACUGAGAGGUUGCUGCCAACCAAACCAGCCUGCGAAUCAGCAAAAUAAUGGAAAGAAGAUGAGUGCACUCUGGAGACUGUAGUAGUAAAGUAGAUAAUGCUUUUAUUUAGCAAAAAUAAACAUCAACGUUUCAGUCCUCCUGGACAUUUCUCAAGACAAGUGCUACGUGCCAGACAACGUUUAUAUAUACACAAGCUGUGAAAUAAUUGGAAGGUGAACAGGUGAGAGCAAGACUGGUGAUGUCAGAGAUGACAUCAUCAUACCAAAUGUAACCAUGUGAGUGAAGGUUAGAAAAAAUAUAUACAAAGAAACAAUUAGCUCUAUAACGUAUGAUAAGUGGAGACCCGAUAAAAAGAAAACUGGAUCGACAGAGAGAAGUGGGGUAAUAGUCAUGUGAGAACAGAAAUGAUCAAAGAGCAUAAUUCAGUGAUAGUUCCAGUCAAAAAAAGGAGGAAUCUCACAUUAACUGGGAAGGAGACAAUAUAAAGGAUUUUUCUCAUUCAGUCUGCAUGGGGCUAGUGUCCCAAAUGUAUAAAUCCAGUAUGCCUCCCUUCUCAAAAGUUGUGCAUCUCUGUCACCACCUCUAGGGGCUAGUGGGACAGGUCAAUGCCCAUGAAGCGUAACAUCGGUAAAGAGUGUCCAGCUUCCAAGAAAUUUCGUGUCACUGGAGUGUUGGCAGAACUGGUGUUCAGGGCGAUAACUAUCGCUGAGCGAUGACCUUACAUUCUUUCUCUUAGGUCAUUAGAGGUUUUCCCGAUAUAUACAAAGCCACAUGAGAAUGUGAUGCGGUAUACUACAUGGGUAGUGGUGCAAGUGAUGCGAUGUCUGAUGUUAAAAGUUUUUUCCGAGUGGGGGUGGCAGAAAGUCUUUCCAGUAAUCAUAAAGUUACAUGUUGUGCAAUUCAGGCACAGAUAACAUCCUCUAACGAUGGGACUUUUUUCUUGUAGUAAGAGGUUAUGUUGGUCAGUAUGUACCAGCAUAUCCCGUAGGUUUCUUCCUCUCCUGUAACUCAUGUUGGGAUUAUUACGAAAGAUGGGUGGUAAUGAAGGGUCUUUUCUAAGGAUAUCCCAAUUCCCUUGUAAUGUAGAUGUUAUUUGACGGGAAUGAAUGUGGGAUGAUACAGGGAAGAUUAGUCGAAUAUCGAUUGGGUUUGAUGGUUGUUCAUCUGCAAUCGUUUGUUGUGCCUGCUGGAGCGUUUGUCUGAAAACUUUUUUAGAGUAACCUCUUUGCAAGAAUUUGGUAAACAUCUUUUGUAGUUGUACAUCUGCUUUAGAGUGUUCCAAAUUGUUGCAGAGAACUCUGACAAAUUAAGAGAUGGGUAGAGACUCUAUAAGUUUCUUGGGGUGGAAGCUUGAGGCAUGUAGAAUAGUAUUUCUAUCGGUGGGCUUAGAGUAGAGUGUGUAGCCCAAAUGGUUGCCUGUGACAACUAUUUCAAGAUCAAGAAAUUAGAUAAUGGUGGUACUGUACUUGUAUGUGAGUUUCACUGGAGUAGGUAACAUAUUCAAAUGUUGUUUCACAGAGCAUAGUUCAUCCUCACUACCAGUCCAAAGGAGGAGGAUAUCAUCGCUAAAUCUCAUGAAUUUAAGUAUAUGUUCUUUAUAUCGAUUCAAAAUGUAUUUGCUCUCAUAGUUGUUCAUGAAGGCAUUGGCAUACAUGGGGGCCAUCGGUGCCCCCAUUGAAGUGCCAGCCUGUUGGAUAUAGUCGCCAGACUCAAAUUUAAAGUAAUUCAAAGUUAGGCAGAGUUGUAGUAAUUCAAGUAUAAAAUCAACAGAAUGACUACCUGGGUCCUGAUGAUUCUCCAGUACUUUCCUCAUUGCUUGGAUUCCUUCAGAGUGAGAAAUAAUUGCAUAUAAACUGCUGACGUCAAUUGCAGCCAAGAUAAUUCAUGAUGGAGGGACAGUAAGCUUCUGGAGUUCCACAAUCACCAUAGGAGAGUCUUUAACACAAGUAGUCAAGGACAUCGCUGGUGUUUUAAAUUUGUGGGCAAGCAGUUUGCCAAUCGGUUCUAGGAGGCCCCCUUUAGCAGAACCAAUAGGGCUGCCAGGGGGGUGUACUGGGUUCUUGUGAACUUUAGGCAGUGUGUAUAAGACGGGACAUAUUGGGUGAGUCUCUAGUAAGUAUUCAACCUCCUGGGGAGACAAGUGACCCUCGGUUAAGCCCUUCUGGAGUGUGUUGGUUAUGAUUUCACUGUAUUCCAUUGUUGGAUCCUUAGAUGAGAAUCGAUAUGUAGAUGUGUCUGCAAAUUGACGCAGUAUUUCAUCUUUAUAAUCCAUAUAUUGCAUAAUCACUAUAGCUCUCACUUUGUCCACGGGACAAAUAGUGAUAGAUAGGUCUGUGGCUAAGUCGUUUAAGGCUUUGCAUUCUUUGCUUGAAAUGUUUGCAAUAACGUCCAACUCUCUAUUUGUAGAUUCUGUGUGAACACUUUCAAAGUUGCAUUUGUGGACGGAGGGUCAAAUGUGCUCCUGAGUCUGAGAUGAUGAUCCAUAGAGGUGUUGGUGGUUUCUGAGUUGGAUCGAAAGUGAUCUGCCAGGUGUAAUUUCUGUCAAAAUCGAUAUUGAUCAACUUCCCAUUCAAAGUUUACUAUAUCGUAAGUGGGAACCAAUGACAGUCCCUUGGAUAACACGUUAGUUUUAAUAGACGUUAGAGAUCUGUGAGAGAUCGAUAAUGGUGGUCUCCAUCACCUGCGGGGAGGUCUGUAUCUCUGUCCAGUGUGCCUUCCACUUCUGACCUCUCCUUGUAGGUUUGUCCCGGGAGAAUGAUACUCUGUUCUGUUGCUGCUUCUUGUAUCUCUGGUGUUCUGGACCGG